AUGAUCCGUCACAGUCUGCUCAAAAGUGGUUGCCCCACUGCAGCCCUUCUUAGAGUUGUGGAUGAAUGCCAGAAUGUGUCAGAAUCCGGAGGUGAGUUCUGUGGUCUUCCCAUGGGGACGUACUAUGUUUAGGAUAUGCUGCCUGAAUAUCCUUACGAUUGAAAUGGUUUCAAAAAAUUAGAUAUGAUUAAGAGAGGCCUCCUUGUGGACUUUCUGACAAGGGCUAUCAGUUUGUAAAGUCCCUUGCUUCCCAUAUUUUAGGUGUUUAAUAACAUCUUUUUCUGAUGUUUAACAGCAGCCUGAUGCUGUUGUGGUAAUGAACAAAUUGGAAAUGUAGACUAUUCCAGGUUGCUGGCACUGUAGCCCCUUGUCAGAAAGCCAGGUCUCAGCACAAAUUUAGUGAGGCCCAGCCUCUCUCUGUUGGUACAGUAAUUAAGGCAGAUUUUGGUAAGGAGGUGUUCAUCAAAUUUGCAAGUUAUCCAUAUUAAUCCAGUUCUAGUCUUCAGUCCUUCCCUUUUGUGAACAUCCUAUUCAGAUAUUAUUGCCAUUCAUUAUUGCUAUUCAGACAUCUUUGCUCACCACUGCUUCUUACUGUACCCUUACAAUAUAUGACACUAAUCUUUUCCAUUCACCAGCUCACAUCUCUUUGCUUUAGAUGGGCCCUCCCCAAACUGUGCAAGAGCCAUGCCCAUCAAUUCUUCCAUUUCCUUUUUUGACAUUUCCAUAUUGUGACUACAUCCAGGAAGAUAAAACAAAUGCUGCCUUCAGUGUAGGUCACUUAUAGCAGCCACUACCUCUUGGUCCUAGAGAGAGUUCCAACUGCCCCCAAAACCAACUUCACAUGCUAAUGUGCCCUUUAACAAAGGUUUAAUGUUCAGAAAUUGGUGGAAGCAGCUUUUCCUGACCUGAAGUUAAAUACUGUCUUCUCACCAGCUCUUUGCUGGAGAUCACACGGCUGUCAAGGGCACAGUUGCAGUGGCAAUUGCCAGUGGCAAUUCUAGUUAAAUAGCUCCAUCUUCUCAGCCAUUCCUAGUCCUGGGCAAGAAGACCAGUAAGCUUAUCCACGUUUUCUCUUGCUCUCUACUUCUCAAAUAUCAGUGUUGCUUUAAACCAACUCAACCAUACUAAUUGUCUUCCUGCUGAAAAAUGCAAGAUUAGUCCCACUCAUCUGAUUUAGCUGUGAUUCUGUCCUUAGACAUUACCCCCACCCCAACAAUUGUCCAUAAUUCUUGCUCAUUUAGUUUGUGUUUUAUCCUGAGGGUCUGGAAUGUGUUAUAUCACAUGGAAAAGCAAGACCCUCGGUUAAAACCAAAGCAUUGAUUUGAAAUGAAGACAAGCCUUGUGCUUCAUUUUUGGAAGCAAAAGGAGAGUAGCAACUUUCUUAUCUCAUGGUUGCCAGGAGGUUUCGUUCAGCCUGUCAAAUUGUACGAAGUCUGUUAUUUAGCUAAGUGCCUACUCUUUCACUAAAGCAUAAUGUAUGCGUAAACCCACAUGGUUAAAAGCAUCCUACUGCCUGCAUUUGAAAACUGCUAUGGUUAGUGUUGCUGCCAAAAUGCCCCUUAAUUUGAAAGGGAAACCUGCUAUUGGAGGGCAUACAAUAGCUCUUCCCUAUCUCAGAGAGCACAAAUGCAGACAUUGCUAGGGUUGCUAACUUUCUAUUUUCAAGAGACCCAGACACCUUGGGGAGAGGGGCUAGUAUAACCAGUGUGAAUGCAAAAUCUGAUGAAUCUGGGGCAGAGCUUGGAGGAAUCAGAAGGUAGGAGAAAUCAGAGGCAGAUUCAGGACAGAAUUGGGUGGUUUAUGGGUGGAGCCUCUGGAAAAAUCUGUUGCAUCGUGUUCAGAUCCUUGCAGAAUCUGCUGUUUUUAUAUACAGUGGUACCUCUGUAUUAUAACUCUGUAUAUAACUUAAUUAGUUCUGGAGGUCUGUUCUUAACCUGAAACUGUUCUUAACUAGAGGUAUGCUUUUGCUAAUGGCGCCUCUUGCUGCCGCUGCGCUGCUGGCACACGAUUUCUGUUCUCAUCCUGGGGCAAAGUUCUCAACUCGAGGUAACUCUUCCAGGUUAACGGAGUUUGUAACCUGAAGCAUUUGUAACCUGAGGCGUUUGUGACUCGAGGUACCUCUGUAUUUCAAUGAUUUAUAUACUCAAUGCAGGGAAAAUAAAAAAUGAAUCAAAGAUACAAAAGCAGAAUUCAGUCCAAUGCUUCAGUAGGCCUCAGAAGUUCAACAGAGAGGGGGCCUGUCUGACCUCAACUGGAACAGAGUUCCAUAAAAUUGGACCGAUAAUACUGAAUGCAUGGAUCCGGGUAGAUACAAACCAUGCAUCUGAGCCAUGGGGGAUCACUAACAAUGAUUCUUCUGAAGACCUCCAUGAUUGGGCAGGAAUAAAAGGGAUUAGAUAGUCCCUAAGGUAUCCUUGAUCCAAGUUGCUAAGGGUCUUGUUGUAAUAAUAAUAAUAAUAAUAAUAAUAAUAAUAAUAAUAAUUUAUUAUUUAUAGUCUGCCCAUCUGGCUGGGGUUCUCCAGCCACUCUGGAUGGCUCCCAACAGAAUAUUAAACAGAAUAAAACUUCAAACAUUAAAAACGUCCCUAAACAGGGCUGCCUUCAGAUGUCUUUUAAAAGUCAGGUAGUUGUUUAUUUCCUUGACAUCUGGUGGGAGGGAAUUCCACAAGACAGGUGCCACCACUGAGAAGGCCCUCUGCCUAGUUCCCUGUAACCUCACUUCUCACAGUGAGGGACCUCAGUGUCCAGGCAGAACGAUAGGGGUGGAGAUGCUCCUUCAGGUAUACUGGGCUGAGGCCAUUUAGGGCUUUAAAGGUCAACACCAACACUUUGAAUUGUGCUCAGAAACAUACUGGGAGCCAAUUUAAGUCUUUCAGGACUGGUGUUAUAUGGUCUCAGCAGCCACUCCCAGUCACCAGUCUUGCUGCCGCAUUCUGGAUUAGUUGCAGUUUCCAGGUCACCUUCAAAGGUAGCCCCAUGUAGAGCGCAUUGCAAUAGUCCAAGCAGGAGAUAACUAGAGCAUGCACCACUCUGGCAAGACAGUCUGCGGGCAGGUAGGGUCUCAGCCUGUGUACCACAUGGAGCUGGUAGACAACUGCCCCAGAAUUACUGCCCCAGAGACACAGAAUUAACCUGUGCCUCCCUGGACAGCUGUGAGUCCAAAAUGACUCCCAGGCUGCGCACCUGGGCCUUCAAAGGCACAGUUACCCCAUUUAGGACCAGUGAGUCCUCCAUACCCACCCACUCUCUGUCCCCCCAAAACAGUGCUUCUGUCUUGUCAGGAUUCAACCUCAAUCUGUUAGCCGCCAUCCAUCCUCCAACCACCUCCAGGCACUCACACAGGACCUUCCCAGCCUUCACUGCCUCUGAUGUAAAAGAGAGGUAGAGCUGGGUAUUAUCUGCAUCCUGAUGAACACCCAGCCCAAACCCCCUGAUGAUCUUUCCCAGUGGCUUCAUAUAGAUGUUAAAAAGCAUGAGGGAGAGGAAAUAAAUAUAAGAACCUUGAGCCUGGCCUGGUAACAUAUGGAAGGCUGAAGCAGGCUUUUGAGCACUGCAAUUAUGUACUGUCAACAGCCAACAGUCGAGCUUCGAUGUAUUGCACCAGCUGGAGCCUCUGAACCAGGGUAAAUAGUACUGAGCCUCGUUAUUUGACUUAGUGAGCCUGGUUAUCUGGCAGAACAUAGUUGUAAUUCUCAGGGCAGUGAAACACUGGUUGGUUGGCAGUUCUAGACCUGGCAUAUCUAGCUACGUAGCAAACAAAGCUUUGAUAUUUUGACUCAACAGCUUGAUUUAAUGUAUCUAAUUGGAUUUCUCUGUCCCUGGAACUUGGUGCUGGUAGAGCAUUUGUGGCCUGCAGCACAAUCUUGUGCAAGCUUCCUCAGAAGCAAAUCCCAUGGUGUUCAGCAGGGUUUAUUCCCAAGUGUGUGUGCCCAGGAUUACAGCCUAAGAGAGUGAGUCAAGAUUUAGCAAGCCCCUUGUUCAAAUCCUGUCACUGCAACGAGACCAUUUAGGUUGUCUAAGACAAAUCUUAUCAUCACUCUCCCUGCUCCCCAGUUCAGCAGAAUGGAAACACUAAUGCUGACACCUUACAAGAUUGUUGUAAAGAUUACAAGAUUGUGUAUGUGCUGCAGUUUGAGAUCUUGAAAGUGCUAUAUGUGAGGGAACAUUUGCUGUAAUCUGUUGAAUUAUCCUAACAUAUCCAGGAGGUCUUGUAGAGAGACCUCGGUAGAUAUGUGCUUUGCUUGCAGAAGCUCCUGGCAUCUCCACUUAGGUCUGGCAAAGACUCCUGUCUGGAAGCCUGGAGAGCCAGUAAGUGUGUAGACAAUACUGAGCUCAGUAGACCAAAGGUCUGGCUCAAUAUAAUGCAGUUUCAAACACUAUAAAUAUGUGAGCCAAGAAUUUUAUCCCUUUUCCCUGCUUGUAUCCUUAGUAUAAACCAAUGUAUUCCAAACUUCAGGGCAUUUCAGACGUGCCUGACUCCAUGUUCCCUGUAUAGUGAGGAGUGGUAUUCAAACAUUCCUCCUCCACUUAAACUCUACAGUGUUCUGGAAUUAACAUAUUGAUUAAUCCAGGCAUGAUAUAUUUAUAUACAUGGUAUAAUUCAAUGCACAUUUACCUAGGAGUAAGCCCUGUUGGAAUCAAUGCAUUUCAGAGUAGACUUGCAUGGGAUUGCUCGGCCAUGGUCUAAUCUGUGGUUCUGAAAUCCUUGGCACUGGCUGAACUCUAUCGAAGUUAAUGGGGCUGUGACAAGGAGCACCAGAGUGGGCCACUCAAUAUGAUCCUGAAAUUGGCAUUUGCUUGCAUUUCCCAAAACUCACAGCAGCACCAAUACUUCUCUGAACCCAGCAUGCUUAUUUGUUAGUAAGUGCAUUUGCUGGAAGUAUUUACAACAGAGUGUCUUCCUGAAAACUGCAGUGGCAAUUUGUCACAAUCAACCUCUGUAGUUUGACUUGGAAAAAUGCUUCAGAGGUUACUGAGGAGUUUAACGAAAUCCUUGCACUGUACAUUAAGAUUCCCCCCCCUUAAAAAAACACUUUUGUGGUGCUAUACUAGUCUCAUGGUUAGCUCCAGGCAACAGGUAGAACCUCCCUUUCCCUGAUGGCAGCUAAAAAAGAGAUGACAUCUCUUUCUAUUGAUCCACUGAAUACAGGUUGGUGGGAUAGCCAAAGGAAUCCUGAAGGAAAUUGAGCUCCUAAUUGAAAGGUGCUUUUUAAAUUAAUAACAAAAAUAUGAGACAUUCUUCUGACACUAUUGAUCCUUGUAUACAUUUUGCUGUGCUGGCAUUAUACCGUAAUGCUGAAUCAUGUCUGGUGUUUGUACUAAAAUCUUACUGAAAUCCAAUUGUACUGUUUCCAUUAGAAGAUCAAACACUAAACAGACUACGCAGGACUAUCCUCUGUUUUCUGUGUCUGCACUGAGCCAGAUCCUGUUUAGCUAAAGUCACACACUAGACUUUAUGUCAUGGCUUGAGAAUGCCCCAUUGGAACCGACUGAUUUCAGGUUUUGUAACUAACAAGAAUAUUUUUGUGGACCUCCAUUUCCUUCUAUUUAUUUUGACAUAGCUGGCAACAAUGAGCGUGGGGAGAAAAACAGAUUUUUUGUAUUUUGCCUUUAACAGAUUUUGAUGGGAAAUGUAUACUGGAAGCCAGGAACUGCACUGCAGGGAAAAUAAUCAACCCACUGUUUUGGAUAAGUUUGAAGUCUAGUUUGGCAGAGUUGAGAGAAGGCAGUGAGAAGAACUGCCUCCUCUUCACAAGAACACACUUACCAACACAUCCAUUAUAAGCAAACCCCACACAAAAUGCAACAAUACAUAUCCAUAAUAUUCUUCUGUCAUUUAAGGUCAGCUUAACCUUCUUGAAUAUGAAGCCAAGAACUCCCUAAGUUAAUCAUCAUCUACUGCAGAGCGGGUGGUUAUUUGAUUCUGAGGUUUUGUCCAAGACGGAACAAGCAUGUGAGAAACCAGUGAAAUGUGAGAUUCAUUUAUGCAAGGUCAGAGUGACCUCAGUUUCCAGAGAGGUCUACAAUAUUAUAAGGCCUUCAAAACAAAAAAUCGUUAAUGUCUAUCCCAAUGAUUAUUUAAGACAAUUGUCUAAGAACACCCUUUCCUCUCCAUGCUGUAGCAAGUUAAAUAAUCAUUAAUACUAAGAGAACCUGCCUAGCCUAGCCAGCAUCUGAUUGUCUCUGUAACCAGUUGCUUCCUGGCUUCAUUUGUGGUUAUUGUGAACUCUUAUUUCUUUCGUUUAUAUCCUGCUUUCCCCCUACCCUCUAGAAGACACACAAGGGGCUUCCAGAUAGGGCCCCACCCAGGCACCGACUAGAUCCAGUUCUCUAAGUUGCUCCACCAAGUGCUUUCAUCAUUUGAUUCUGUUGUCAAUGCCUGCUCUGAGACAUGCCCCUCUGCCCUUCCCUGUGUUCCUGCCCUACCCUCCAGGCACCCUUUCCACUUCCUGACCCCUCCAUUUGGUCUCCUGCUUGAUGACAAGCUGACGACCACUAGUGACAUUGGAAUGGACCUCACAGGCUCAGCCCUUUGCUCUGGCCUUGAACUGAUGCUCAAGCAGCCUCCAACUUACUCAUUAGCUUGGCUCCUUGCAGACUGCAAGUAAGUGAGAAAAAUGAUACGGUCAAAGGCUUGAGCAGAACAUCUCUCAUACUGUGUGAGCAGAAAGCUGCAUAUAAUGUUAAUAUUUCAUUGAUCAUGAUCUGGGCCAUCAGCAUACGUGUCAGUGGAGAACAAGCCACAGGCUUGGAAAUUAACAAUUAAUUUUAUAUUAAGGUUGGCAGAAUGGGAGCAGCAUAGUCAAUAGCUUUAGCAAACAUUAUGAUUUAUGUAUCACUUUUAAUUAAACAUGAAUUCUUUAGCAUUCUUUUAAAAAUGAGGACAUACUCAUACCACGAGGACUUGUGCCGGCAGAGUGUCUGAGAGUUCAAUUUUUAGUAUCAAUAUUUUAAUAGCAACAUAAUUAUAGACUACAUUUUUAUACUCAGGCUGAGCCUUUCAUUUUGUUUCUCCUUCUUCCCAGUUUCUAUCUUUCCUUUUUUUUUUAAGAAUAAUUUUUUAUUAACCGACCAAUCACAUCAAAUCAAACCAAAUUACAUAAAUUCCAAAUUACACAGCCGAAUUUUAAAUUUUUGUUGGGGGUACCCAUAUUUCAAGUUCCGAAGGGAUCCAAUCAACUUCUUGCUUCUUACUGCUGUUUUAAUGUCCACAAAUCUAACCUUAUGAUGUUCACAGUACUAUCCAGUCCUUUCUUAUUAUUUUUCCACAUCACUUGUUGUUAUUUUCAUAUAUUUUUCUUUUAUCUUUGUGACCUCUGAUAGUCUCCGCAAGCUGGUUAGAACAGUUUGUAAUCCUGCGUGGAUAUUUUUCUUUUAUCCAGUAGCCAUAUCCAGACGUUUUCCAUAUAACAUCACUUCCAUACAUCAAAACAGUCUUAGCGUCAUUAAUCUUCACCAAUCUGCCUCCUUUCUCAAAACCUCUGAGGAGAUUCACUAGGAAUGCAGUCUGAAAACAAAUCCGUUCUUCCUCCCAGCUAUAAAUCCUUUGGCAAGAUGGCGACUCCGAAUUAAUUGCUGCGCCAUUCCCAAAAGCUCUUAUUGCUUUUUGGUCUCCAUAAAGCAUACUUUUGGUUAAAGUUUAUCUCCACACAGACCUUAAUCAUCCUGCUUGGGUCAGUUCAACCGACGGUUCUAAUGAGGAGGGGUUCUUGUAAAUCACGUAAAAGGAAAGUAAAAAAGGUCCCCCCCCAUUCAGCCCCGUUGUCAACAUAGUGUGUAUCUUGGUGUAUCUUCAUCGUAAAAUAUUCCAGUUUCUCCAGCCCGUCGUCUUCUUUCGCAGAGGUCACUUAAAUUAGCAGACUUCACUCCCCUUCUUCACUUGAAAUAUGUGCAUUUGCUUCUUUUGUAAUUAAUUAUUCCAAAUUGCUGCAACUAGUGCGCGAUCAGAGACAGCGUCCAGGAGAGCCAAAGUCCACACGGGGGCAUUCUGCCAAGGGCCCUCACCCCCUUCUUUCGAAUUAGGGGGUGAUUUAUGGGCACAGCAGGCAAGGGCAGUGUUCCCCAUUUCCUUGGGGCAACAAGGGAGGCUGCCUACUCCCAUAACAGCCUCUUAAUUACCCCGUGUGGGUCGGAGAGAUGGUAUUGUCGGCCAUCUUCCAAUGCGCCCCCUAGUGGCCCCCCUACCAGUUUCUAUCUUUCCUGCCUGUCAACAUGCCAACAGCCUGGUCAGGAACAUGGGCACAGCACAGAUGAACAGCUGAUAUGAAAGCAUGCACAAUAUCGGAUGGCUCCUGUUGAAGUUUGAGAUUAAUUUCUUUCAAUCUGUUGUCCAUGUUUAGUUUCUAAGUGUUUUGCUGCUGGUGGUACUGGAAUCAGAAUGUGGAUUUUUCUCUGUAAAUUCUGCUUGCGAAACAAAGAGAGAUGCAAAAUGUUCGUAAUUUGCAUUGCAAGCCUAAACAUGUCUACUCAGAAGUCCUAUUGAAGUCAACUGGGAUUACUCUCAGGUAAAUGGGAUUAGGAUUGCCUUAAAUUUAUAGCCCUACCCUAUGCUGCCUUGGGAUUCAGUUCCUAUGCAUGCUUAAUUGAAAUAAAUUCCAUUGAACAUAGUGGGUCUUACUUCUGAGUAAGCAUUGAUCCACUGGUUUCCAAUACAGUGCUACCUUGGUUUACAAACUUAAUCCAUUCCAGAAUUCCGUUCUUAAACCAAAGCGUUCUUAAACCAAGGUGUGCUUUCCCAUAGCAGCAGGGGACUCAAUUUACAAAUGGAACACACUCAACAGGAAGUGGAACAUGUUCUUAAUCCAAGGUAAAGUUCACAAACCAAAACACCUACUUCCGGGUUUGCAGCGUUCUUAAUCCAAGUUGUUCAUAAACUAAGCUGUUCUUAAACCAAGGUGCCACUGUACUUCUAGUGUCUGCCAGCACUGUGCUGAACAGUUCUUUAUUUCUUUUUUAAAAAACAAAAACAAAAACAAAACAAAAACCUAUUCUCUGUCAGUUAAUGAGAACAGAAAUUGCAUUCAAAAAUGAUCAAAGUAGAGGGGAAAUAGUCAUGAAAUUCUCAUGGCUGGGGAGCAGGGGUUUUAUUCUACUGACUUUCAAGGUGGCCAAGGGGUGUUUGUGAGAGUCCUUUAUUUCAAUAUACAAACCAUCUCUCCAGUGGCCUGCACUCUGCAGAAUUUCAUGAUUCUCCAUUUCCCCACAUCAUCCUUACAAUAACCUUGUGGGGUAGGUUAAGCUGGCCCAAGUUCUCACCCUAAGUUUCAUGGCAAAAUGAAUCCUGGUAUCCCACAUCCUAAUUCUCCUAAUAUCCCUCUACCUUAUUCCACAUUCUGGGGGGGGGGGGAGUUGAAGGCGUGAAUAAACUGGGGAAGAGGGACAAAUUUUCCCCAUUGAUCUGGAGAUGGAUGGGGUCCCUUGUUAGUGCCUUUAAAACUACCCAAUUCAGGCAGCAGCCCUGUAUACACUUAUCAGGGAGCAGCCCCCAUGGAGUAGUCACUGGUACAGCAUAUGAUGAUUCCCCAGCCUGUUGUUGUCCAUUUUUUUUCAACCAGAGAGAAACAAAGUCAGAUUUAUGCUGAGUGGGAUUCUGUAUUUAAUAUGUAUAUAUAUUCCAGGGUUCUGAACAUUUUUACUUUAAUUUUAAGUGCCAAGUUUCUUUAAAUAACAAUAAUUUAAUAGUAAAGUACACAGUUAAAAAGGUAAAGGGACCCGUGACCAUUAGGUCCAGUCGUGACCGACUCUGGGGUUGCGGCGCUCAUCUUGCUUUAUUGGCCGAGGGAGCCGGCAUACAGCUUCCGAGUCAUGUGGCCAGCAUGAUUAAGCCGCUUCUGGCGAACCAGAGCAGCACACGGAAACGCCGUUUACCUUCCCGCCGGAAUGGUACCUAUUUAUCUACUUGCACUUUGACAUGCUUUCGAACUGCUAGGUUGGUUGGAGCAGGGACCAAGCAACAGGAGCUCACCCUGUCACGGGGAUUUGAACCACCGACCUUCUGAUCGGCAAGUCCUGUGGUUUAACCCACAGCGCCACCCGCGUCCCUAAAGUACACAGUUACUGGCCUUUAAUUAUUUAUCUAAAUGUGUGCUUAAUUAUUUAAAACAAAAAUUAACCAUGCCCCUUUGAAUGAUUCUGAAGUGCCAUUUUUAGUUAAUUCCCCCAGCCUCCACCCUUUGAAAAUUCUUUUAUAAAGCCCUGGUGAAGGCAGCUGGAGACGUUGGAGAGAAAUGGAGAAAUGACUAACCAAAAUGCUCAGGCCACUAAAGGUUGCCUUACAAUGAUGCUUACCUUCAAGGUCAGGUGCCUUUGUGGAACAGUGCCUCCUUUCCAUCCCAUAAUCCAAUAAAGAGCAUGGAGUCAGGUCCCCCGUCCCCCCGCCAGGCCAGUACAGACCCCAAAACUGGCUUCACACCAAUCCAGGAAGUGGAUUUACAGGCUGCCUGCCAAUCAGCUAAUCACAGAUGGGCUGACCAGCUGGCUUCACCACUGGGACAGAUUGGACUGAGCCAGCAGGCUUCACUUCGGACCACCCUCUUGGAAUUUAAAUAAGGCCAGCCUUCAUCUCCUCAUCCAGUUCCUCAUUGGAUCGCCUGUCCUCCCUGUCCUUUUUCUUGGCUCCAGCACUAUCCAUGACCUUACUAUGGACUACUGUUGGUUGCCGUAUUCAGGGCCAGGUAGGAAUUUGUCCACCAGACUAAUUGGCUCUGUCCUUUGGCUUUGCCUACCUCAUAGCAUUUGUUCCAACUUUGGUGGUUAAGGCAUUGGGUCAGCCUUGGUCUUUGGAAGAGGGGAGGUUGUAGCCUCUGCCUGCCCCUCCAGUACUUGGGUAUCCUGUUAAAGGGAUCUGGAAGGAGUUACUUCUGUCCAGAAGCCCAGGCAGGGGCUCAGGCCAUAGCACUCCUCAAGUUAAAGGUAAGGUACGCCUGACCAUUAGGUCCAGUCAUGGACGACUCUGGGGUUGUGUGCUCAUCUCGCUAUAUAGGCCGACGGAGCCGGCAUUUGUCUGCAGACAGCUUCCGGGUCAUGUGGCCAGCAUGACUAAGCCACUUCUGAUGAACCAGAGCAGUGCACGGAAACACUGUUUACCUUCCCGCCAGAGCGGUACCUAUUUAACUACUUGUACUUGAUGUGCUUUUGAAUUGCUAGCUGGGCAAGAGCUGGGACCGAACAACGGGAGCUCACUCCAUCGCGGGGAUUCGAACCGCCAACCUUCUGAUCAGCAAGCCCUAUCUUUGUCUUGGGUUGACCCCCACAUGUGUACUCCAGCAGGUGGGCUUUUGGUUCAAAUAGUAAUACCCAAUGCCUUGCCAACACCUACACCUGUAAUCAAUAAAGUCGUGACCUGAUUUGACACAAAUUAAUGUGUCCAUUGUGCUUUCUUGGGAGAUGGGGGUGCCUGGUUCACACAAUGGUUAGGAAAUCUGUAAGUUUUGGUUUCUGCUAGUUUCUCACUUCUGCAGUCUUAAAUUCAGUUGCCACAUUUUCAAUUUGUUUGCUUGUUUGUUUGAAAUUGGGUUGAAUCUCUCUCGCCCACCUCCCACUCCACUCUGCACCCACCAAAAUCAUAAAGAAAUUCUAAAGUGCCCCGCAAAUCAAGGCAAAAAAAUGGGGACCUUCUUUUCAUGGGAAGAAAACUUUUAGAAAGUAGGAGGAGACAUGUUAAUGCUCUGUAUAGUCUGGUAUAAACAUGUCAACAACAACAACCCACAGCCUCCAAGGGUACACAUGGUGAGAAACCAGCUUGUGGGGUCAUCAUACAGUUGCACUCAAUUUAGCUCUAGGAUUUGAUACAAUCCUGCAGUGAAGCAGUCAUAUUUUCCCAACUUAGCUAUUUUGUGGCAUCAUUUAAAGCUUUUAGGCACAACAGGGAUGAUUUGGCUGAGGGAAGUAGGUUACAUCUGUUUGCAUUUGCUGAAAGGAGGGCUUUGCUUUUGGCCAGAGAUGAGAAGGUGGCAUGAAUCAGCUUGGAGGCAAAGAACAUGUAUUUGAAUGUCUGUACCCAGGAUGUGUGUUCACUGCACAUCACUGAUGUGAAAAGUAAGACGUGACUUUCCUGUAUGUAAAAAUUCAAUUGAAGAGCCACACCACAUCAGUCAAACCAUUUUAGCACCUUUCUUGCUCUUUGUCUUGCAUUGACAACAUUCACAAAUGAUUUCUUAAUCUGACAGGUAUCCAUAGGUAUCAUGGGUCAAAAUGCUCUGAGACUUUUAGCUGAAUAGCCAUGAAGAACAUUGGUGAUAUACAAGCAUACAUCAAAAGCAAUCUAAUAGCUUGGCUCUGAGGUGUAUGACACCCCACCACAGUGUCUAUAAAAGCAGAUUUUCAAAGGAAGAAGAGGUGGCAUCUUUUGGACUGUAGUGAACCAGAGUCUGUCAAAGGUAAUAAUGCCCACUGAUAAUGGAGACUUAGGAUUGCAAUCAUACCAUUAUUAUCUUAUGUAACUUCUGUAGGUUGAAGGAUGAGGUUCUUUUGAGUUAAGCAUUUAGAACAGUUUAAAACAUGCCUAAAAUAAAUUCUAUUUUGAGUAAAGGGGAUUAUCUAAUUUCAUAUAUUUUUUCCUGGCGACCAAUCAGGAAUGUUCUCGACACAUUAAUUUAUUACAGCUCUGCCAGAUAAACUCAUUUUUAUAUGUUUCAGCCCAAGCUUCACUUCUUUUUCAGAAAAGAAAAACUUAACAGUUAUGCAAUUCACACUUAUCUUUUAUAAUAAUACUUGUCUAAAUGCCAUAAACACAAUUUUUAAAGGGGAAAAAACUGGUUUAGUUUGGGUGAGCUCCAGAAGCAGAUCCUCUGCAGUCUUUGGUUCCUCUUUGAUUACCAGUUCAAUGCUGUAGAGUCAGCAGUGGGCAACCUGUAUGCCUUGGCCUAAUUUCAAAUGGUCUGUGUCUAUUAUCAGGCAAGUCGGGAAAGUUCACAGGAAGAAAAGGAGGUUUUCUGUGAUAAACAGCAGGUUUUCCUUGUUAAAGUGGUGAUGGGAAAUCACAGGGCAAAUGGAAGAAAACACAGGACAAACAUAAGUGUGGAUGAGCCCAGAGACAGGAAAGGGGUGCCAGAAAGAGGGCAGGGAGAAGAAGAAUGAGACACUGCCUGAUGUAGCCCUUUCCACUACUGCCAAUGUAAAUUAUGAAAACUCAGCUUUCUUUUUUUUAAAGAGCUUUUAUGGAAAGAAAUUAGUAAAUCUGUAAAUAUGUCAUAGAGACAAAUCAUUGUUACCUGUAUGAUUAUAUAUGACUUUUUUGUUUGUGUGUUUCUUUGUUGCAUUUAAAUCCCAUUUUUUCCUCCAAAGAGAGCAAGGUGGCAAACAUGGUUUUCUGCUUUCUCAUUUAAUACCCACAGCAAUCCUGUGAGGUAGGCUAGGUUGAGAGUCAGUGACUGGCCCAAGGGUUAUAGAUAAUGCCUGCUAGGGCACUUGUCUUGUAAUAACACUUAGUCAGUUCAUACAAUAUGAAGUUUCUUAUAGGGUACAAACACCUGAAGUGUCCCUGAAUUAUAUUAAUUAUGUUAAUCUAACCAAUUUUUGGAAACCAGUCAGGAAUUCUUAAAAUGCAGGAAACAGCCCUGAUCAAAAUAAAUGUUGUGACAGAUUUCUUGCAAAUUGCACUGAACUAAAACUUGAAUUAGCAAUUUUUCAAGUAGUUUCACUUCAAAGUCCAAUAUACUGCCUCAAACAUUUGUCACCCAAGGAAACAGAAUGUGCUGAUAUUAACCAUCUAAGGGUUUGCUGAACAUUCAAUCUGUCCAUUUAGGGUUGCCUAAGAGACUGCUUCCUCUGCUUGAUCCAAUAUUGAUUUCUCAUGUUGACUGAGAGCGUUCUCAUAUGUAAGAUUUGAAUUUCCCCAUGAGGGGGAAAAAAGCACUCUCCCCCACCCUCAUGAAAAAAGCACUUUUCUCCUAAACAACUCUCAGUAACUUUAACAACUGAGAGUUCCAAGGAUUCUUUGGUCUAUAUGGACAUUGUAUAUGUUUCCCCAUUUCUGUUACUAGGAGUGCCUCCUCUGAGUUCCUUCAGCUGAUGACUUUGCUGUGGAAAAAACAUAGCACAAUUGCAGAAUGUGAGGGGAAAGUGGAGCCAUCAACAAAAUAAUGGAGUGUGGACUUUUCCUCCAUUAUUCUUCCAUCCUUCCUCCACAGUCAGCAUUCCUCCCUAGACACUGAUCCUGGUCAGUACUUAUUGCCUGGCUUUGGAAGGUUCCCCCUUUAGGGUUUUGUUCUGCGGAUUUUCUUUCUUUCUUUUUGCACAUCUGUAAACUUCAGAGGUUCCCCCAAAUGUGCUGAGACCUCCCUCAUGCACACAUGGUGCCAUUUUGUCUAUAUAAGCAAUGGUACUCUCCCUUUGAACAUAAAAAUGAAAAUAUAAGUACCAAUUGUUGAGAAUGAGGACGGUAUUAUGAACACCAGUAAAAGCAAUGUGAUUUAUAUGUAAACAGAUAUAAAGUAAGGCUAUUUAGAAAAUCGCUUCUAUUUUCUUACCACUAAAAAGGAGGCACAUGGAAACAAAACAAUUUGACACAAUCCUACUUUCAUCUGCUGUUGUGUUUUCUUUAAUGUUGAGUGUUGUUGGUUUCUGUCUCAGCUCUAUAUGCAUCUCAUGACAGCUUGCCUAACAGUCUUGCUCAUGCAGCAUCAAAACAGUAAGUGCAAUCUCUUAAUGGUCAAAAGUCAUGAGGAGAUUUGAUUUUCUGUCAACCUCAUGCUGUUUUAUGAAGGCCCACUGGGGUUAUUAGUGAGCAAUUUACAUUUCAGGUAGUCACAUCACGCAAAGAAAUUAAUAAGCAUACAGAAUUGUACUGGAUGUUUCUAUCAGUAAAACAUAUGGGAGUAGCAACAGCAGCAGAUACUAUUUAUGCUUAUUGAAUAUGAUGUUUCUUUUCGUUUCAAAGGUCAUACUAUUUGUCAUUUAUUACAUGUCACCUUAAAUCAAUGUGGGCAUACCUAGCUAUCUCUUUUUUCCGUCCUUGGCUUGGUUCUCACAAAUAGCAACUAAGGUGGUUAUCCUGUAUCAAGACUGUACCAUGUUGACUGCAGAUAAGGCUCUCCAUAAAAAAAAAGUCUGCACUUUUUUCCAGGGACGUUCUUGAUUUAGAGAAACCAUCUUGGUUUCUGAUUUGAUUCCAGAAUGUUCCACUAUUCCUUAGGACAUCCCUAUUUGCAUUGGAGAAAUGUUGGAGGGUAUGAAGUUAUUCAGCUCCUGAACCUAUACAGGCUAUCCUGUAUAGGGAAGUUUUUUUAAUGUUUAAUGUUUUAUUAUGUUUUUAUAUAUGUUGGAAGCUGCCCAGAGUUGCUGGGGCAACCCAGUAAGAUGUGAGGUAUAAAUAGUAAAAUUAUAAUUAUGGAAUGGGACAUCCCUAUUUUCAUUGGAGAAAUGUUGGAGGCUAUGCACAUAAAAGUGGUUUAUUAAAGAAGAAAUAAUAAUUACAAAAAACUCUCAUCAACUGUGGGAAGAGAACUAUACUGCUCCUUGCCAAGGGCACAAGCAACCCUAGAUAUGCUUCUGCAUGGAGCUCUGGAAACUGUAGCUCUGUGAAAGGAGGAUAUGACUCUCCUAAACAACUCUCAGUAUCCUUAACUAACUACAGUUCCAAUGAUUCUUUGGGCUUUAUGGACACAAUAUAUGCUCCCCCAUUUCUCUUACUAGGAGUGCCUUCUCUGGGUUCCUCCAGCUGAUGACUUUGCUGUGUGAAAAACAUAGCACAAUUGCAGAAUGUGAGGUAAAAGAAGAACCAUAACAAUAAAAAAUUCUGCAGUGUGGAUUGUGGAUUGCUCCUCCAUUGUUUUUCCAUCCUUCCUCCACAUUCCAUUUCUUGGUCAGUGUUCCUUGAUGGGUGGGUUGCAGUUCCCAUUUGUGAAUAUGAUUCACUUUGAUAAGACACAUAUGUGGGGGGGGGGGGAGGCAAUCACAGGUGCCCAGAUCCCAAGACGACUUGGAAACUGAAUUUUUGGUAAUCCCAUAUCAUUUGGCAUCCCAGGGGCAUUUUCUUCUUCUCAACAGAAUAGCACCCUGGGAGGUACUUGAAUCGCCUUCCAAGUGUUGUAACUUAAAGCUGUUUGCCAAAUAGUUUUAAGCAAUUCCCGUCAUUUUCCAUUAACUGCAGGUGCUGCUAUCUCUGACAGCUGUUUUAAACGGAUUUUGUGCAACACAAGAUGUCCAGCCUGAUUACAUUUCAAGAUACAGGAAAUGCUGCUGAGUAUUUAGGUGAAUAAAGAAGGAAGACUUCCAAAGUUCAGGGGAAAUGCCAUUUACCUUUCUGCAAGGAAGUUGAAAGAUAGGAAACGGCGAUUAGGAAUUCUAUUAAAAUGAGAUAUUAAUGCAUUGCACAUAUAAGGUAAACUCUUGAGGAAAUUAUUACAAACACUUGUGUCCCACCACAGCUUUCUUUAAAUCACCCUAAAUCACUUUGGAGAUUUAGAAGGUGCUUAAUCAUGUGGGAUGUAAAGGGUUAAGGGCAGGGUUUUUUUAAUGAGAUAAAAAAAUAUUGAAGUUGUUUACCUCAAUAGGUUAGUAAGAGGGGCAAAGGAAAAUGAAAAGAGAUAUUAAAAACUCAAUUACUAUCAUCAUCACUGAAGUACAAGGGGUUACUUAACAGAACAUGUUACUUCAGCUGACUUUGACAUUGCACAAAUGUUUUGAAACCAUGAUGCUUGAUGCUACAGGAGGAAUCAUUAAGAAGCAGUCUUUGGGCUCAGUCAGUCAACCAGCUACAAAUCCAGCUAACAAUAAUCUUGUCUAGUCCACAUUUUACCAUUUUCUCCACAAGAAUGUCUUGGGGACUUUGUCAAAAGCCUUACUCUAAUCAAGAUACACUAUGUCCACAGCAUUCCGCUUAUCCAAUUGCAAUUCUAACAAAAUAAGAAAUUAGAUUCUUUGGGCAUGAGUUCUUUUUGAGAAACCCAUGCUGGGUUUUAGUAGUCACAGCAUCCCUUUCUAAGUGCUCACAAACCAGCUGUUUUAUUAUCUUUUCUAGGAUCUUUCCUGGUAUCGAUGUCAAGCUCACCUGUCGGUAGUUACCUGGUAGUAGUUACCUUUCCCCCCUUUCUGAAGAUGGGGACAACAUUUGCCCAACUCCAGUCUGUAGGGAUCUCACCUGCUCUCCAAGAAUUCUCAAAGAUCAUGGACAAAGGCUCUGAAAUUACAUCCACAAGUACCUUUUGUACCCUUGGACGCAUCUUAUCAGGCCAUGAAGAUUUGAAUUCAUUUAAGUAGCUAGGUGUUCCCUUGCUACCUCUUUUCCUAUCUUCGGCUCCAGCUCCUUCCUUGUAUCAUUUAUUAUGUUAUCACCAGAUUGGGCACUGCUUUUCUUUUGGGUGAAGACAGAGGCAAAGUAGGUGUCAAGGAGUUCCUCCACCCUUCUGUUACCCAAUAGCAUUUUACCACCUUCUCCAAGCAAAGGACCUACCACUUGCUUGUUUUUCCUCUUGCUUCAAACAAAGCCAAGGAAACCUUUUAUUAUUAUUAUUAAUCUCUCUUGUAAGCCUAAAUUCAUUCUGAGCUUUGGCCAGCCUGACCUUCUUGCUGCAGCUGUUGGCUUCUCAUGUAUGCUCUACCUUUCUUCCAUUUCUUAACCAUGUUUACUUGAAACUAAGUCCUGCUAAGUUGAAUGGACUUUCUUACUAGUAAAUAUGCUUAGAAUGUAAGCCUUAGUGACGUUGUUUACAUUUCAAGUGACAUCAGCCUUGUCUCUUAAUUAAAGAAAAAUCCAUUGGGUCAAACCGAUCCUAUUUAAAAUCAUCCAUAUACAUAACAAGCCUAUGCUCAAAGCCAAAUUAAUGUCUGCGGCAGGAAGGAGGGCCCAAGGUAGCCCAUUAUCCAUGGUGACCUCAGGCCAAAGAGAGAAUUUUGUAAGAUCCAAAUAACAGCUCUUGGACUCUACAGCUGCAGUUCAAUGAGGUAUUAAUUAUAGGCACUUCUAAGUUCAAAUCUUUACUAAGUCUGCCUGUGUUGCAGGCAAAUUCUGUGUUGCAGUGUGACAACAUUGUGUUGUUUGCGAGAAAGGGUGGGAUAGAACAACAAUAGCAACAAUUCUGUUUUUAGGAAGCUGCCUUACAUCAAGUCAGACUGUUGGUUCAACUAACUCAGCACAGUCUACACUGACUGGAAAAGUCUCUCCAGGGUUUAUCCAGUCUGACUGGAAAUGCCCAGGAUUUAACCUGGGACCCUCUGCCUGCAAAAGCAGUUGCUUUUCCACCAAGCUGUGGCCCUUCCCCUGCUUACUAGUGCCUUGUCUAAAUGUAUUUCCCAACUCCAAUUCUAUACUUAAUUACACAACCACCACUUUUCAGGAAAACUAUCUUGAUAUAUAAGGUAAAGGUAAAGGGACCCCUGGCCAUUAGGUCCAGUCGUGACCGACUCUGGGGUUGCGGCGCUCAUCUCGCUUUAUUGGCCAAGGGAACCAGUGUACAGCUUCCAGGUCAUGUGGCCAGCAUGACUAAGCCGCUUCUGGCGAACCAGAGCAGCACACGGAAACGCCGUUUACCUUCCCGCUGGAGCGGUACCUAUUUAUCUACUUGCACUUUGAGGUGCUUUCGAACUGCUAGGUUGGCAGGAGCAGGGACCGAGCAACGGGAGCUCACUCCGUCGUGGGGAUUCGAACCUCCAACCUUUUGAUCGGCAAGUCCUAGGCUCUGUGGUUUAACCCACGGCACCACCUGCAUCCCUAUCUGGAUAUAUAGGAACCCUUAAAAAAAUAACCACAACUGACUUGUUUUCAAGCAUCAGUUUAUGCCUGCUACUUCUCUCCACCCCCACCCCCACCCCUUGACACAGAACAGUGUUUGCUGAAGACUACUCAAAAAAAUUAUUAGCUCUCAUGGCAUUUACAGCCUUGGAUGUAUAUUACAAACAUUAACUAAUUAAUAAUGCAUCAUUAUUUUCAGGCAUGUAAGCAUUUCUAGACAUUGGGAUAAACCAUAAUAAUUUCCCCACCCUGCAUUUAUACACCAUUCUCCUCCCUGCAAAUCUCUAAGAUUGCUACUGGCUGACUGUGCUCUGGGUACAAAGCCUGUAAGUGGUUUCUAAAGCUCACGAUGCCUUGCAACUGCGGAUCUGGCUCCAGGCAAAGCCCUUCGUGAGGUACAUUGUUUAUAAAUUAACAUGCACUUAACAUUUGCCAGUUGGUUUUUAUAUAGCCUCUUUAGCUAAUUUGAGACCCUGGACUUAAUAGUCUUGUGCCCUCCCCCUUGAAAUGGUCCUGGGUAUUACUUCUGUUGUGAAGCACACAAUUAUUGUCUUCCUUCUCUUUGCCCCUCCAUGCCAUUCCAUGCUUUACAACUGCUUCUUCCAACCCUGAUAAUAUAUAUGCAUAUAUAUUCUGAGCAUAUGCAAUUUAAAGGUAGUAAUAAAAUGAGCAUCUGGAACCAUCUGUAUGCCUGGACAAGUUGCCCCCAAAUAUUAAAUAUUUUUAAAGUAAAUAAAAAGUGGGUGGUCACUGUGAGAGCAGGAUCCUGGACUUAGAUUGGACAAUUGGUCUGAUCCAGCAGGUUCUUCUUAUGUUCUUAUGACAUUGUAGUGACCUGCAUCAGCUUUGGAGGGCUCUGAUGUUGUCACACCAGCCCUGGUGCUUAUGUGGAUCCCAUUUGCCACUGUUCUCAUGACCUACUGCUUUCUGGAUGGUCGUUUGGGCUUUUCCUGGGCUGUGGGUCCCUGCACUUUGGCCCAAGCAUCCAGCCCUUGCUGCACAACUAUAUCUUACCUGCCUCUGCAAUGUGUAUACCCACAUAUACAUUGUUAGGGAUAGUAUAACCCUACCUUUUGCAGUGAAAGAAUUUAUUUCAAAAAUAUUCCAUGGCAGAUUACAUGUACAAUGACAUUUAUUUAAGAAAAUGGAGGUGGAGAGCCUAAUGACUAUACUUCUGCCACAGGAAGUCGGAAGCUGGGACUGGGAAGUGGCGUACUGUGUGACAUUAGGAUGCCACAAAGCUGGGUACAGAUAUCUCCUCAUUUACCGCCUCUGGAGGAAACACACAAACAGAAAGGUGGAUAUUUGUUUUUCCCAGUAGUAACUAACUAUACAGUGGUACCUCAGGUUAAGUACUUAAUUCGUUCUGGAGGUCCGUACUUAACCUGAAACUGUUCUUAACCUGAAGCACCACUUUAGCUAAUGGGGCCUCCUGCUGCUGCCGUGCUGCCGGAGCCCGAUUUCUGUUCUCAUCCUGAAGCAAAGUUCUUAACCUGAAGCACUAUUUCUGGGUUAGCGGAGUCUGUAACCUGAAGCGUAUGUAACCUGAGGUACCACUGUAUAUAGGGAAAUAUCGUGUAUUAAGAGACAAGUGCAAGUGAUUCAUUAAAUUUGGCUUAGUAACUACCUUUACUGAAGAAAAAGGCAUCACUAGGGUCACUAAGUAAGGAAAUUGGAUGGCAUCAACAUGCUUGUACAGUACAAAUGUUUGUUUUACAUCUGCCAAAAGAUAAGUGCUGUAGUAAUGCUGAAUAUUAUAGGAACGAGCAGAAACCCACAUUGGAUGAGCAGACACACCAAUAAUGAUCAUCCUGAAAAUAAUUCAUUUUCAGGUAAGAAUCAUAGAAUUUUAGAGUUGGAAGGGAUCACGAGGGUCAUUUUGUCCAGCCCCCUGCAAUGCAGGAAUCUCAACUAAAGCAUCCAUUUCAGAUGGCCAUCCAACGUCUGCUUUAAAACCACCAAGGAAGGAGAGUCCACAUCCUCCUUAGGAAGUCUGUUUCACUGUCAAACAGCUCUUCCUGAUGGUUAGCUGGAAUCUCAUUUCUUGUAAUUUGAAGCCAUUGGUUUGGAUCCUAACCUCCAGAGCAAGAGAAAACAAGCUUGCCCCGUCUUCCAUGUGACAGCCCUUUAGAUGUUUGAAGAUGGUUAUCAUAUCACCUCUCAGUCUCCUCUUCACCAAGCUAAACAUCCCCAGCUCCCUGAACUGUUCCUCAUAAGGCUUGGUUUCCAGUCCUUUGACCAUCUUGGUCACCCUCCUCUGCACAUGUUCCCCCUGUCAAUAUCUUUCCUAAAUUGUGGUGCUCAGAACUGGACACAUAAACUGGAAUGUAACAGAUCUACUUCUGAGUAAUGAUGUCUCUGAUAACAUAUAAAGACACCAUCUUUGAUUUUAACAAAUACCCAAAUACCCCGUAUAGCACUAUGGUGCUUUUGUCCUCGCACAGCAGAAACAAAUUUUCUUAUGCCACCGUAGUCCUCACUCUCCUGCCUUGUGACAAUGCAUCUUUGGAUAAACUGGUUAGUACAUUUUAUGAAACACUAAAUUGCCGUGUUAAUUUUGAAAGCUUUGAAAUGCUGAAAUGGUAGUUUGCUUGAAAUUUACAGUGGUCAUCUUUCUUUUUGGUAUAUGGCCUUUGGAAGGUUUCAUAUUUAAUUAAGGGCGCCCAAUCCUGCAGAAGACCCACUGAAAUUAAUGUGUGCAGUGCAGCAGCAUUACCAAGUCUGUAACUUACUAUAUUGUCAAUAAAAUAAAACAUAAUUUAAGAGUGUGGAGUUUGACAUAUAGAUGCUGUUUCAAAGCCAGCACCUACUCUUGUGUUCUCCUGCCAUGUUAAAAUUAACCACCUGUCUGAGAACUUAUGGCUACUAUAAUUCUCCAACUAGUCAUUAUAAAUAGCAAACUUGUAAAUACUUUGACAGCUUUCAGGGAUCACUGACCUUGAAUUCCCUUCACAAAGUAUAGCUAAAAAUUGUGCAAGCUAUCUGUGUUAAGCAGAGCCUAUAUUUAUACAAUUUCUACAAAUGGGUAAUACAGGAAAGUAGCUUCCUUCUCUUGGCCUCAUGCUGCUAGUUUUACUGGAUCUAUUUUAACAAGGGGUGGGAUCAUUUUUAAAGAACCAUCAAUUCAUGAUCACCCUUAAAGGUUGUGGCCUCCAAAAAUAUUAGGGCAGAUUGCUCAUGAAAUUCUCCUUUCCAAUCCUCAUCGGAAAUGGCUUAUUACAGUGAAGUUUGCUCAGGAGGAGUUGUAUUUUUUUUUAAAAAAUGAUGUAAAACAUUCGUAUGCUGCCCUUCCUUCAGUGGGUUCCAGGCUGGUGAAUAAGUAUCCAAAAUAUGUUAUUUAUAUAAUACAACACAAAAAUAUACAAUGAAACCAUAACGUUCACAACAAUAUGAGGUGGUAACUUAAACUCACAUGUCAUACUAAGGUAUGACAUAGAAUAAGAAGCCUAGGGAAAUAGAAACAUUUUAUCCUGGCACCCAAAAAAUAGUGGGUUCCAGGGGCUCCUUUUUAGAGAGGGUAUUCCAUAAUUGAGGUGCCACCACCAAAAAUACCUCUCCUUUGUUAUGUAGCACACUUGUGAUAAGGUACUUUGGGAAGAGUUUUUGGUUAGGUUAGGAGGGGUGGAAAACCUCUGACCAACCAUGUGCUACUGGACUCCAGCUUCCAUCAUCCUGGCCACUGCCCAUGUGGUCUUGGAUUGAUGAGAGUUAGCAUCCAACAACAUCAUGAAGGACCACAGGAUCUCCAUCCCUAGCAAACUCCCCAACAUACUUACCCUUUGUUUUUGCUUCAAUAGCUACAACAUAUGAAUUUCAUUUUCCGAGAGCUGGUUAUCCCAGACUCAUCUGAGCUGUGCUCACUGAGCUACUCCGAUGAGUAACAUUCUUCCAGCUUGAUCCAGCCACCUAUUCUGGCAGGAGCAGAGACCUCAAAAAAUCUUUGCUCUACAUUGCAGCAAGAAGCCAGGCCACCAAAUGUCAGGAACAUUUCAGUGAUUUGCCCAAUAGCAGUACUUUAUUUUAACUUUCCUGGUAUCUCAUAUUUACUCCCGUAGGCUGAAACAGAAGGACCUAAUUGCUAUUGGGGCAGUUAAGCCCCAUAUUCCAUUAGCAGUGAACAUAUAUAGGGAAGCGUAUACACCUUCCCUGUUGCCCUGGUGUGGCGAUUAACAGGUGCAAGCCCAGAGGAUCAUGGGAGAUGUAGUUCUGCCAAUGAUUGCUGCAGUUACACUGGAGGGCUUUUGUAUGCCAGUCGGGAGAGCUUGAGGAACAUGAAGGCUGGAAUAUUCUGUCUCAGGUUGGUUGAUCCAUGGGGCAGGGUGGUGGUGGUCCAAAUUAAUCUAAGAAAAGCUUGAAAGAGCUAAAAAAAUUCUACCAGGAAGUCCCUUCGAUGUCACUGCUUCUCUGUAAACUUAAAAAGGACUGAACUGUUGGUAUAUUUUCCUUUGAUGUUUUCACAGAUUAUGCCAGCUGCCAUUCUGUAAUUAGCACAGCUUUGUUAUCAUUGGUGGCAUUGAGCAGUGCAGGGUGGUGGGUGAUGGAAUGGGGAACAACUAAAGGUCUAUAAGUAUGGCCUAGGAAGUCAAAAGCUGCCCCAAAGAUCCAAUAACUGAUUUGUCUUAAAGCUUAGGUCUCAAAGCUAUUGGUCACAUGACCUUUGAAGAAAUCUGGGGCUGAAAGCAUUACUUAAUAAAACCACAAGCUAUCUAAAACUCAAUAACUGGGGAUUACAAAUGAGGGUUGUUAAGAAGAUCGACAUGUGUUAUUUUUCUUCUUGUUUAUUUUCAAGUGGUGAAAAGGCUACGAUCAAUAAGAAGACUAGUUAGCCAAGUAAUUCAUUUCAGCAUUUUGCAUCAAAAUUUUCCUGAAACAAAGGAUUGCUACAGGGUGUCAGCUGAUGCAUAUUGAAAGCAUAAAAAUGUGAUCACUUGACUUGUGAGUUGACAACUUAGAACAUUCACAAUCACAGCAAUUUAUAACAAGUUUGGGCACUACACAAAAUGUUAAGGAAGCAUUUAUUCAGCAAGGAGUAUGACCCAUUCCAUACAUAGUCUUCUGCCAGUUGGAAGAAGCUUUGACCUCCCAGACUGUUUUCAUUUAUGUUUUAGUGGUCCUCAAAUGGUCCAAAUUUCAAAUCUUCUAUGCUUUCAUUCCAUACUAGUCAAAUACUUUAUAUUUGUAUUUUUCUAGCCAACCUGAAAAGUGCAUUGAAGGUGAGGGGAGGCCAGUAGGCAUGAUCCGAAUCUCUCCCCACCUUCUCUGAGGGCUCUGUAGCUCUCUUCAGGUGUUGCCUAAGCUUCAGAGUAAACAUGUGGGGUAGCGGGGGUGGGGGAGGAGGAGGCAAGUGGGCAUGAGCUUCCUCUCUGUUUCCAUUUCUGUUGGUAGUAUCUAGUUAAGUCAUACUCAGAGUACACACAUUUAAGCCAAUGUACUUACUCUGUGUGUGACUAAUGCUGGAUACCAACCACCACCUACAGUUGCUUCAAAACCAUUGUUGCACAUUUGAUAGAAGCUUUCCAUUAACAGUUGAGCUCAGUCAACAAUAGUGCAGACAAGAAAUAGUCCUUUCAAAUUGUUGCCCCAGGUAAUAUCCACAGAAUGUGAGGUAGGACAGUAGCAAUCAGAGCACAAUAGCAAACAUAUGCCUUUGCCAAUAAAAAAAGCACUUGAGAAUUUCUUAAUUAUGGCUUUCCAUUUGACUGGUUUUUAAAAUGUUAAAAUCCUUUUUAGUUAAAAUUAUGAAGAGGACAUAAUUUUUUAAAUUUUAUUUCCAAAAUCCAGUUUAGUGGCCACGGCUCCUGUCUUUUCUAGAACCAGACUAUGCAGCAGAAAAAAUUGUCCAAACAGCCAAUAAAGCUUAUUGUAUCUCAUUUUAGAGGUUUUAUUCUCACCUCUCUCUAUUUUGAGAAUAAGCUCAUGAAUAACACAGAGGCCUGUCUUUCCAAUACAGAACAUUAAAUUCAGCUUCAUUCAGAGUGUGCUUCUUUGUGUCUGUUCUUUUACUCACUGAAGGAUGUUAAAAGAUAACACAGGAUGGCAACCCUGAAAUUAGAGAGAACGUCCUUCAACUGUUGUGCUAAUUUCAUAAUUCUCAUUGCAAAAUGGUGACUUGAAUCAAAUGGCUUUAAACAGAUAUAGCUUUUUCUUUUCUUUUUUUAAAAAAAGAAACUACUGAAAAAUUUAAGAGCAGGUAGUCAUAAAUGAAACCAAUUCAUCCCAGGGGUAAAAUAGACUGUCUUUCAUGGUAGUCAAAAGCAGGGAUGGAGAAUGUUUUCUAAGAAAGAACUGUGUGCCAGCAUGUCAACAAUGUGGCAGAUCAUACCAAUUUCAAAAGGCUAGCUUUGUUACAGUUGGAUCACACGUUCCUUAUCAAUCUAGUGCAUGUACGAAUGAGUAAGCCAUUCCAAAUGUGACACCCCGUAUUUGAUUUUGGCACAUGGAAAACAACUGGAGUAGGAACUCAGUUUUCUGUUGUGUAUCAAUUUAGCAUCAUUCCUUGAUUUUGAUUGACAUACAUUUUGUUAGGCACGUUAAAAAUUCCAAAGAUAAACUUUCAGAAAACUAAAAAUGGUGUCCAUUCACCAUUCACACAUUCAGUCACCUAAGGCUGGCUAAUCCUGUGAUGCGCAGUCAUGUGUGAACUGGACCUUAGUUCCCUGAAGCAUAAAAGCUGUAAGCUGUACAAAAAUGCAACACCAGAUACCAUUCGAACUAGAAUUAGCAUCUAGAACUAUUUCCUGAAAUUCAUUUCAACAACAUUCAGGUAUCCACAUUCAGUCUCUCUGCCCAGAAGCCGAACCAAGAAGUAACUGGAAAAUCAAUCAUGCCUUUGACUUUGUUAUUAUUCCCACAUGGUUCAAAACAGUACUCUUACCAUUCCUUGGUUUGUGAUUUUGGAUUAAAGACAAAGUGUCCUCUCUUAUCCUUCAGCAAUUGUGGCAAAGUAUUUCUAUAGGAUAAUUCGUAGGCAGUAGUAAUCUACAUAAUGCUUUCUGUAGUUACAGAAGUCAAAUGCCUGAUGCAGAGAGACAAAGGAUCAUUUGCUAGGGGUCACAGAAAAUUGUUCAUGGUGGCAGAAUUUACCAUUGCUAAAACAUAGCUUUCUUUAAUGUAUUAGCUUUGCUUUACGGCUUUAUUAUCACACCAGCAGAGUUUCCAUCAGCAUGUAGGGCUGUAGGCUAUUUUUGAUCUCUGGUCAUGGCUAGGGAGCUGGUGGUACACAAUGAGAGUUGGGGUGUCUUGAUGUGCUCCACACGCAAGAGAGAUGUAUGCUUCUCCCCACACAAAGUAUGAUCAAGAGACCAGCUGCCUUCAAACCCCAUUUUCUCUUCCUAAUUUAUUAAGGUUAGAGAACAAACUUGUUUGUCAACUUGGUUUGAUGUAUUGGCACCAUUCUACAUAGAGAAGAUCUAUAUCAUUGGAAUUUAGUGUUUUGAUUCAUUUUUAUUGUACAGUAUAGCCAUUUUUGUGGGAUUUUUUAUUUUUAACCUUAUUUUCCAGUUUGUAAAAAUACAUGCAACAAACAAUCCCCAUAUACUCAACAUUCCAUGCACAUACGAUGUAAAUAAUAAGUUUGUGAAUAGUUUACAAACAGUUUGUAAAUAGUUUGGAAUGGAUUGCAUCAGUUAGGUGUCUUCUACUCUCCAUCUUAACAGAUGUCCCAGAGUGAGUCAUGGGUAGCUAGCGGUGGGGGUAAAAUAGAAUCAUAGAAUCAUAGAGUUGGAAGAGACCACAAGGGCCAUCGAGUCCAACCCCCUGCCAAGCAGGAAACACCAUCAGAGCACUCCUGACAUAUGGUUGUCAAGCCUCUGCUUAAAGACCUCCAAAGAAGGAGACUCCACCACACUCCUUGGCAGCAAAUUCCACUGUCGAACAGCUCUUACUGUCAGGAAGUUCUUCCUAAUGUUUAGGUGGAAUCUUCUUUCUUGUAGUUUGGAUCCAUUGCUCCUUGUCCGCUUCCCUGGAGCAGCAGAAAACAACCUUUCUCCCUCCUCUAUGUGACAUCCUUUUAUAUAUUGACAUCCUUUUAUAUAUUUGAACAUGGCUAUCAUAUCACCCCUUAACCUCCUCUUCUCCAGCCUAAACAUGCCCAGCUCCCUUAGCCGUUCCUCAUAAGGCAUCAUUUCCAGGCCUUUGACCAUUUUAGUUGCCCUCCUCUGGACACGUUCCAGUUUGUCAGUGUCCUUCUUGAACUGUGGUGCCCAGAACUGGACACAGUACUCCAGGUGAGGUCUGACCAGAGCAGAAUACAGUGGCACUAUUACUUCCCUUGAUCUAGAUGCUAUACUCCUAUUGAUGAGGCCCAGAAUUGCAUUGGCUUUUUUAGCUGCCGCGUCACACUGUUGGCUCAUGUCAAGUUUGUGGUCAACCAAGACUCCUAGAUGCUUUUCACAUGUACUGCUCUCAAGCCAGGUGUCACCCAUCUUGUAUUUGUGCCUCUCAUUUUUUUGACCAAAUGCAAUUCUUUAAAUUUCUACCUGUUAAAAUUCAUCUUGUUUGUUUUUGCCCAGUUCUCUAGUCUGUCAAGGUCGUUUUGAAGUGUGAUCCUGUCCUCUGGGGUGUUAGCCACCCCUCCCAGUUUGGUGUCAUCUGCAAAUUUGAUCAGGAUGCCCUUGAGUCCAUCAUCCAAAUAGCAUCUUGUUUUGUAUACAUCUUAGCAGAAUUUUUAUACAUGUUUUUUGCUCUCACUCAAUUCUGUUCAAUGAAGAAAGAAAGAAAAAGACAGAGUUCUGAUCCCUUUAAUAGUUUUGUAGAACAGGGACUUUCAUCCGGUAUAGUUGUUGCUAGCUAUGCUUACUGAAAUCCCCUCUUCUUCAAGACUAUUGAAGGUGCAUGAGCUUUGUCCUUAAUAAAUAAUAAUUUAUUUGUUUAAAAAAACUAUUUGGGUACAUGAAGAGUUAAUAGCCGACCCAGACAGUCCCCCGCUGAUCCGGUAAUGAGUAAGCAAUGCAGCUGAAUGUCAAUGGCUUGCUGUGAACUUGGGUAACCCAGCUGAGUCCUGCGGUUGCCAAAGCUGGAGGAGGUAAUCAGCUUGACCUCUGUGACCUUCCUGAGGCUGUUUCUGUGUCUUGCAUCUACAAGUCGGUUUGCAUAUGACUGCUACGUGCUGCUUUGGCGGAGUGUGCAACUGUUUUAUAACAACUAUGUUUGCGUCAGCUGGUGAAAGUAAUCUAAUAUACCUUAGUCCGGUGGCUAUAUGUUGCGCUGUACAGUAUGUAGUCAUUUCUUUCUAACUGGAGUGUAGAAUCAUUCCCACCUGGGAAAUCUCUUCAGGAUUUCCAGGAACGGCUAUGGCAUCUGACCUUCAACUGUUAUUAAAAGAAGUCAAUGAUUGUAUAACUGCCUGUAAGAGAUCUUCAUUUCUUCUGGGUCUUUGGUUUCAUCAAAUGCCUACACAUUCCUGAGCUUCACAGCUUCUUUAUUCCUUUACUUGUUUAUCCCUCCAUAAGUAUUUGUUUAUUCCUUCACAGUACUUGUUUAUCCACCAGCUUCUUUUUUUUUAAUGCUUGGUUGCAGAGGACUCUCAUUCCUUUCAUAUUCAAAACAGAUUGAUUUUGAUAGCAACAGUUAAGCUGUUUCGGUUACCCCAGAGAAUUGAAAUGCUAGCUGGUUUGUAAGUCAUCUCCGGUGAUUUGGUCUAACAGCUUAUUUCUAUAAGGUUUCUACAACUGUACUGUAGACCCAAACUACAGUGCAUACUUUGUGUUUGUCGCCAAUGGGCGGGGGGGGGGGGACAGGACGAUUUGCUGGGGAGAAGGAGCAGCUGCUUGCUUAACCCUUCUUCCUCUUCUUCAAUUUUUGAUUCUCCUCCAAGAUAGCUCAGAAAAUUGAGCCAAUUAUGAGAUGAGCAGGGAAGCUUGCUCAUUACUCAUUAUUAGUAUUUGUUAUGAUUUUGUCUCCCAUCCCUGAGGCUCAUGGUAAAUGACAUUUGGGAUAUAAUAUACAGUCCAUAAGUCUUAUGGAACUAAGGCUGCAAUGCUGAGCACACUUACUUAGGAGUAAGCCCUAAAGGACAUGGUUAACAUAGGAUUGCAUUAUGCAUAAGAUUUACCACUGGAUCUGUAUAAAUAAGAUUGGGCAGUGCUUUUUUUCUAUAUAUAAAAAAAUGUUUAGGGGUACUCUCAUUUUCCUACUCAUACUGAAAUACUGCCCCUCAAUGAGGCCAAACUUAGAUUCAUUCACAAACUGUUUAGGGGUCCCCCCCCCCGAAAAAAAGCACUGGGAUUGGGCAGUAAAAUGGACACACACAUAUACUGUAUAUCUGCCUUGCAUUGUACAGAGUGGGAAAGGUUAGGAAACCUUGUUAAGUGGUAAGACGUCCCUUCGUUAGCAAUUUGAUAAAUUGUUGAUCUAUUUGUAAUCUGUGACAGGUGAUGGUGAGUGGGAAAGGUAUUCAGCCAUGGAUAGAGUUCUAGGAGGCUCCACCAAGGCUAGUGUAAAGUAAGCAUGAACCUGCGCAAAUGAAAAAAAGGGCGGAUUCAGUGAGAUUUGGGGCAAACCUGCAUAAAAGGCCUUAUGGGAGCAACUGGAAAUUAUGAAUGUAAAGCAAGUAAGCUAGAAGGGUUCAGAGGAAUGCUUGGCCAGGCAACCAAUGGGACAUGAGGUUGCUGCAAUCCUGACUGGAGAUGGGAACAUGAAGGGCCAUCAGGUGUUCUUGGAGCACAUUGUCAGGAGUGCGUGCAGGAGCCAGGCCCUGUGACUAGUAGGGCCUUGCAGGACUGGGGCCUUCCUGAGUUUGGCCCGGAAGGGCAAGGCGCAGCCACACAGGUGAGGCUUGACGGAAGACUCGUAGCACCUGGUAGCAAGGGCUGGGAGGGAUAUAUAAGACCAGCAUUUCCCUCUGACUCUGCCACAGCAACACGCUACCCACCUAGCUGUGCUUUGGCAUCCUGACUCCUGGUAUUCUGACUCUUGGACUCUUGGCUUCCUGACUUCCUGACUCCUGGCUUCCUGACCCUCGGACUCUUGGCUUCCUGACCCCUGGACUGCUGAUUCCUGCUUCCCGACCUCUACCCUGGUCCCGAUGUACCAAGCCGGGACUCUGACUACCCGUAAACCGGACACACAUAAUUUACAUGGAGGAGAUAUUCAGUUUCAGCAGUUAAGGUGGUGUCUGGAAUCUCUAACCCUUCAGAUGUUACUAUAACUCAUCAUCCCUGGCCAUUUGCCACGCUGGCUGGGGCUGGUGGCAGCUAGAAUCCAACAACAUUUAGAGGGCCAGAUGUUCCUUAUCCCUGGUCUAGGCCCUAGCAGGGAAAUGCUUUUGAAUGGUUGCUUCUGCUGCCAUAGGGGCAUUAUGACCUGGCAAACUGGUAAUGUGGGGGAUUAGUGGGCACUGUGGAAAAUAUUUUCACAAUUUCUUUGAACUAGCUGGCCAUGGGGGGGGGCUUCAGGUUUCCUGUCUAAAUGUAUUGUAGCUGUUUUACCCUUUGCCCAGAUUGCUGCGGCUUCUUUGUUUUCUCAUCGGUGUGCAGGAAUAUCAAUUGGGAAACACGCAGAGGUCCAUUUCUGCUUGAGUCAUUGAUGAAACAGAGAUGAUGAUCAUGGUUAUAAUACAGCAGAAGUGGAGAGAUAUGAGAGGAGGAAAGAGAUGGGGCUUUAAAGUAUAACAGAAAGGGCAGAAAUAAGGUUAAGGACAAAGAGAAGAAGGUGAUAAACAGAGGGUGGGAAAGAGGAGCCACAAAGACAAAGAUAUAAAAGAGAACAGGUUAAUUGGGAAGGUCGAGAGAGAGAGAAAUGUCAGCAAGGCAAAGAGACAGGCAGACAUUGAGGGAAGACCUAGGAAAGCGCAUGUCUCAGAGAGGGAGCAACACAAACAAGAAGGCAUGAAGGAUGAGGUGCAAGUAGUUUUGAGGGGAUGCUACAGUGAGAACUUGAAGAUCUCAUAGAAGGAAGGGGAUGAAAUAAAGUCAUCUUUUUACUAUAAUCUAAUUUGCAGUGCUCCUUCAUGUCUGUAAUUGGCUCAUUAAAUGUGUCACAAGGAAGGAAAUGUGAGUUUUAUGGAUUUGGUUUAAUGAAAAUUCAUACUGUUAUACUUUUGCUACAGGGUCUGAAACUGUAAGGCUGGUUUUUAAAUUUUUAGAUUUGAUUUAGUAAGAGAAGUCUUUAGGGGAUGCUUGUUUCCAGCUAUGCAGGUAGUAACAGGUAGAGGAGGGAUAAGAACACUGAAGCUGGUUCUUGUAAAAUGUCCUGAAGAGGGCUUCCUGCUGUGGCAGUUUUGUGGUUUGUGUGGGCAAAUUUUGCAGGUGCAUCAGGAGGAGGACUUAGGACACAGUUCGAGUCAAAUCUUCCAUCAAACUAUCAUAUUCCAGUAAAUCUCCAGAAUGGUUAAAUCAGGGGUGGCAAAAAUAAAAAUGAAAAUUGGGCUGUCCUUCUCUUGUCCUAGCCCAACCCCUUGGGGCUUACAUGCUGGCAGUAGAUGUGCCCAAAAGUCAGUGUGGCUUUGUAUGCACACAUACAAGAUGUGCACAUAUACAGGGCAUGCAGCUCUGUUGAGGGGACUCAUUUCUGCCUCCCCUUAGGGCUAAAUAGAUUGCUCUGUACAGUUCUGGUUAUCCUGUCUUAAAAGUAAUAUUGUAGUACUGGGAAAAGUCUCAGAAAGGCAAGCUCAAAUGAUUCUGUUCCUUACAAGGAAAGCCUAAAACAGGCCUUUCUGAGCCAAGGGCCACAUUACCCCAAGGGAAAGCUGCGUUUCAGUCCUGAGCAAAGCCAAACCCAAAUAUUGGUGGGGUAAAAUCCACAUAUGACCACAAAUCUACAUCACCCCCACCCUGUAGGUUCCAUAGAAGAACCAUAUUUGUAAUUCUUAGUAACACCACUCAAAUUUCACUUUCCAUGAGUGUGAACAACAAACUAUGACCCCACCUUACUGUUAGGUCAGAACUGGGAACUAUUGUUUAUUUGGACUGAAACACAAACCAUGAUAUGAAGCCAAGUUUUGUCCUUGUAUUCCUGAUCAUGGUUUGCUAGUGGGGAAAAAGCCAUGAUCCACAGCUCAGAUAUGAUACUGAUCCAGGGAUUGCAGUUUGUUACUCAUGCUCUUGGUAGGAGAGGAGUGAAAUGGGAGCGAUCCCUGCAGUCAUGGUAAACCAUAGAGCAAAUGAGGCCAUGUGUACCGUAAUUAAUUUAUGUCAUAGAUUAUGGUCAAAAUCCUAUGCAGAGUUACAAGGGGAGGAAAUCCUACUGAACAUAAUAGGGCUUAGUUCUGAGUAAACAUCAAGAGGAUUUAGGUGGCAGUUGCAGAUUAACAUAGGGAACAAAUCCACCGAACCAGCAGAACUGAGUAAAGUGAAUAGGAUUGCCUUGUAAAUCAAGAACUGGAGAUGGAAACUAUUGUUUUGAAGAGAAUUAAAUUAAUGCAGAGACCAUGGGCCUACCAAUGACUACCUAUUGCACCAGUUGCAAUACAGCCUCAGUGUUUGAUGACAGUACAAUUCUGAGUACAAUAAGCCUGCAAUUUACAUGGAUUUAAGUUGCAGGCUUACUAUGCAGUGAAUAUGCAUUCUUGUGAACUACUCAGAGGCAUCUAUUUGGUUCCUGUAGUAAGCAGAAUAAUGAAGUAGAUUGACCUUUAACUGACAGGAGGGCAUUUCUUCUGUGGUCCUAAGGCAGGGCUGGGAAACUUGUGGCACACCAGAUGUUGUUGGACUCCAGUUCCCAACAGCACCAGCCAGCAAAACCAAUGGUCAGGAAUGAUAGAACUUGUAACCCAACAACUUCUGGAGGGACACAGAGCCAACCAUCCCUGUUUAUAUGCUUGCCCUGAUCCAUGAUGGUGCAAGAGUGGAUUGGAACUGAUUCAGUCAUCUAAACCACUGUGAAAAUUGUCAUUUUGAAGCAGAGUCAGUGUCUUUGAGGAGGUUAAUGGCUUAAAAGGGAAUUGAACUAUCUCAGCUCUGAAAUCAAGUAUUAUGAUUUUGGAACGAAACGGCAGCAGUGACAGUUAUUUUAAAUGGACUGUCAAUUUGGGACUAUCUCACUUGCCCCAAGGGGGUAGUAAGCCUAAAACAUGAAUAUCAGAGUCAGGUUUAGAGGUUGUGUGCCCACAGCAUUGUAACAUCAUCGCGGGAGCAGGGUAAAAUGAGUAGGUUCACAGACCUUGGUCGGAAGUCACACUUUUGCACUAACACAUCACCUGUUGCAAGUCCCUUAAAUUAAAAAGGUGGCCUUUGUCCAGCUUGGUGGUCCUGGCCUUCCUUUCAGCUGCAUGUGCCAAGCAUCCCUUGUGAAUCCUGCAGCACGGAUAGGUGACUGCGAUGGUCUUCUGGUGAAUUGGUGAGAGGGUUGCCACCAUCCACACCACAUAUUCCCAUGACAGUGGCUCUAGUGGAAUAAAGUAGAACUUCAGUGCUUCCACUAGUUCAUUUCACAUAACUUCAUUUCUGUUGUAACUGCUUCCAGAAAAAAAAUCACUUGUAACUCCGAAAAUAGCAAAAGUGACAAAAUGUGAGACAGUAUAUCAGCAUGCAGUUCUUUCCUGCUGUUACCAUGAGUGAAUCAUGCAUGUGUGGAAAGGGUGGUGGAAGAGUGACAUUGUGCACUGGUGUUCAUUGUUGUGUCCCACCACUGGUGUGAAUGAAAUUUAGCCUGAAAUGCCAGUAUAUUGAUCAAAAAGCCACAGUCUCAUAAUGCAGCAGGAAGUGCAGCAUGGAAGGAACAUUAGGAAAUGGGACAGCAGCCCUAGCAUUAUAAUCAGGAAAACUAACACAGUAUUUCCCCACAUCUGAAUGCACCCUUAAACUUAGAGAAAAGCUUCCCAUUGAUUAAUUCCACAAAAUGUUUUAGUGGAGAUGUAGGAUAAAUACUGAGGAGUCUCAGGUUAAAAUCUCUGCAAAGCUCAAAAGGCCCUUAGCUGGAACUGUCUAAUAAAUAACUCCUGAUUGUAUCCUCACCUAUAUACCAAAUGAGUGUGAGUGUGUGUGUGUGUGUGGAGACACAACUUUGUUUCCCCCCUAUUGAUUUCCUGCCUGUGAUCAGAAAGCAAAGCUCCUAGAUGCUUUUCUUCCUUUUUCUUCUUCUUUACAUGGGCAAGGUGGACUCCAACAAUAUUUUCCGCGUUUGUAUGGUUGGUUGGAAACUUUAGCCCCAUCAAAAGGGAAGUGCAGUGCUUCAUGUGAUGGAUGGCUUGGCCCUAAUAGUUAUUUUAAGUUGCAGGACUCCUUAUGCGAAGUAAUAAGAAGAGUGCCUCUAAGCACUCUAACCCCACAUAGCUGCAAUUUAGUGCCACACUUGUAAUGCUAUGGUCACUCACCACCACGGAAGUUAUGUAUACAGUCACAGAUCUUUAUUGGACAUUUUAUCAUUUUUACUUACAAAUACAUAUUAUCCCUUCCUACAAAAAGAUGGUUCUUACUGCCAAGUAAAUAUACUUUCUCAUCAGGGCAGCAGAAAGAAUCAUUUUAUACCUAUAGUCAUGACGGUGCCAUUAUGCAUUUCAAGUUACAAUCCUCUGGUCCUUGGGAAGGCACCGCAGGGGCAGAAGAUAUUACAGAUCUCCCUUUCUGAAAGCGGAGAGAUAACUGUGCCCUUGAAGAGGAAGAUCUGACCCCCCUAAGGGCCCUUACUUACUGCCACAGAAACAUUUGGUGGCUCUUGCCAGACCAGAAUCAGAGCUCCGUCCGAGGCAGGAGGAAAGUGUUCUGGUGUGUGUGUGGCAUGUGUGCUGGGGGUGGACCCGGGAAAGCAAUCUAAAACAUGCUGAAGCAUAUGAAAUACUGUACAUAUGUUCCCCUCUCACUGGAAGACAAUGGGAAGGAUAAUGUUUUUGACAGAGGAAGGAGGAGGAGGAGGAGAAAUAAAAACGGGCAAGUGCCACUCCAUUAUCACUUCUGACUUGGCUGCAUGAGCCCGGCAGAGCAUUGGAAACAGUGGUAUGUCCUCUUUCGGUUCUCUCCUGCUUAGUUUUUCGGAUUGCUCCAUAAAAUAAUUUUUUUCUUUUUAAAAAAAUCAGAGUUGCCUCUCAGAGAACACCCUCCCAUCAGACGUCAAGGAAAUAAACAACUAUUUGACUUUUAGAAGACAUCUGAAGGCAGCCUUAUUUAGAGAAGUUUUUAAUGUUUGAUGUUUUAUCGUGUUUUUAAUAUUCUGUUGGGAUCCGCCCAGAAUGGCAGGAUACAAUGGUACCUCUGGUUACCAACUUAAUUCGUUCCGGACGUCCAUUCUUAAGCUGAAAUUGUUCUUAUCCUGAGGCGCGCUUUCGCUAAUAGGGCCUCCCGCUGCAUGCCCACCUCUGGCGCGUGAUUUCCAUUCACAUCCUGGGGCAAAGUUCGCAACCAGGAGCAGCUACUUCUGGAUUAGCGGAGCUCGUAACCUGAAGCGUUCGUAACCAGAGGUACCACUGUAUCAAUUAUUAUUAUUAAAAUAAAAUUUUGCAUUAGUAGUAGUAGCAGUAGAAUGUAGUAGCUGUGAAGUGCAGAAUAAGGACUGGAAUCGACUGAUGGCUGACAUAAGUGAAGUAAAACACAUCUAAAGUAGGGUGGGAGUGACUGUAAGGCCAUUAAGUCCAGAAUCUAAAAUUGCCGCCAUGGCUAGGUUCUUCCUCCACUGUCAGAGGCAGUAUGCCUCUGAGUACCAAUUGCAGGAAAUCACAGGUAAGCAAGUGCUGUUGAGCUCAGCUUGCAUGCUUCCCCCACACAUUUGGUUGGCUGCUGUGAGAAGAGAAUGCUGGCCUAGAUGGAACAGUGGCCUGAUCCAGAAGGCUUUUUCUUUGUUCUUAUGCCUGAGCGCACAACUGCUUAUUUUCUUUUCACCUGUAUAAUACCUGUUAUGGUCCAUGAUUAGCUACCUCAUUGUAUUAUAUAAUAUGUAUUUUAAUGCAUUUUAAUACUUCCACAAAUCUUUCAGGGUUGACAACCGGUAAAAAGUGGAACAAUCAGAGAGCAUAUUCACUAUUCCCCAGUUUAAUCAUAUGCUGGGUUUAUGCAGAUUUUCCUGGAUAAAUUAACCUGUAUUCAUUUAUUAAGGUUAGUUAACACAUUAAUUCCCUGGGGAGGCAGAUUUACUACAGAUUUUAAAAAUUGCUUUUCCAAGUUAGUUCAGAAUUGGUUGGGAGCCAGCUGAGUCCUGCUCUGAAAAGAGAUGGUGCUUUAGCUGAAUGCAUUCAGUAAUGAAUUACGUGCAUUUUGAGAACAAGAAAACAUUGCAUUGGGAAGCUCGGAUAUAUAUGAACUGUGCAAGAAACACAGCAGUGUAUGCAAUGACCUUUGAUAGCAGUGUUGUCAUAUGAAGAAAAAAUUCAGAAACUGGGUAAGCCCAGACUCAAAUCUACUGACCUAGAGGACGAAGGAAUGAUAACCCAAGUUGUCAUUGACCCUGGCUGCCCAGACGGCACUCUGUGCUGUUGUUUAUACAAGAAGGGAUUGUUCUUGAACAGCUUCUUCUUCAGUGCACUAAAAGGGAACAUUAUUAUUAUUAUUUCCAAUUCUUCCUCCUUUCAACUCCUGUCUUGCAGAUUACCUAGGCAAGCUGACUAAUCAAAGCAUGAGUGCCAGGGGAAUCACAGUCUGACAACGUUGAGUGAUGGUUGGCACAGGUAAUUGCUGAUUGGAUUGAAAUUGAUUGCCAUUCCUCACUGGCACAUGAGAAGCUAACAAAGAUUCACUGGCCACAAUCCAGUGCACAUUUAUGUGCACUUAAGUCCCGCUGACAACUGCUGCUGUGGCCUCAACGUCAGGCGAAAAGAUGGUAGCAAAUGGAAAGUGCUCAUCAUGGAAGGAUUAUUUUUCAGGGCAUGUUGCCUGGGAAAGUCUGUUCUCUCUCUUGAAAUUGCCUUUCUAAUGAUUAAUUGAGUGUUUACAUCUAGAAUCAUGGACAAUCUUUAUCUCUUUUAGUUUUCACCUGCCUCCAGUCUUGCUUUCUCAUUUAUUCUUUCCUUCUUUGUUCGUAUCCCACAAAACUUUUGCCAGGGCUCACUUCAUAUUCUUCCUUGCAAGUAUUCAUACUUGGAAUAUCUCUAAAAAUCACACCCAUCAUCAGGUUGCCAAACAUGCUACAUACCAAUGUCAUAUGCAAAGGAGUCAUUGACUUCAACAGAGCCAUGCAGGAUUUCUUUCAGGAGAUAUGCCUGUUUUCCCACUUGUGUACUGACAGAAGGGCCGGUGCUCCUGUAAAAGUCACAGUUCUUCACAGAAUUGAACAUUAAGGCUGAUUUUGUUACCCAGGAGGGAAGGAACCAACAUUUAGGCAACAAUAGGAAAUCUCUAUAGUACUUUCUAAUGUUCGAACUGCAUUCACAAUGCAUUGUCAUUCUCCACGUAUUGGGGAUGGUAUCAGUGAGUUGGAAGGGACCUUAAAGGUAAUAUAUUCAAACUCAAUACAGGAAAUCCACUUCUACAGCAUCCGUGAUAGGUAGUCAUCCAGCCACUGCAGGCAGAGAGAUAACAACAAGUCUAAGACUACUGAAUGCAUUCAUGAACAGAAGUGAAUUCAGAAUUGUGCUUCUAUCGCUGUUCAAGCUACCAUCCUACAAUAACUUUUAAUAGUGCAAGGGAUUAUAGGCAUCACAUGUAUCUUCUCCAAAUAAAAAACAGUUGAAUUGGAUACAUUUUUCAGGGGAAUCAUCUUACUUGUUUCUUUAGUCACUAAAAGGAAUUAUGGGAUAUCCACAUUUGCUAGGAACCAUUCGGCAAAAGCCAGACAACUACUUAAAUCACAACAGAGCAAUGUGUGUGCCUUUGUGCUUAUGAAAAAUGUGACAAUAUUUCAUUUCUACUGCUUUAAAACCUGUUUUUAUGUAUUUUUCUCAUUUGGUUGCAAAUUGCUUUGAGAUUUAUGAGAAAUAAAUUAAUACAAGAUAUAAUACUACUACUACUACUACUACUACUAAUGUUACAAUGAGUUAAUACUCAUGCACAAAUAUAGGCUAAAUAUCACACAGUCUGUUGUGUUGUUCUUAAAAUAGAUACAGAUCCCUUGUGUGUUUAGAGGCGAGGGUGUACUUGUGAACACAAUGAAAUCAACGGGCUGUUGGUGAGUGACUGUUUCUUCUGUUUAACGAUGAACAUUAGAGGAAUGGAGACUAAAUCACUUGUGUCAGGAUGAUAUUAGUAAACUGAAGGUCACUUUCAGCAUACUUUAGCAUGCCUUGGAGGCAAUACUGAUAAGGAGAAAGACAAAAGGACAAAGACAAAAUUAACUUUUAAUUUCCCACCAAAGCUACAGCUGACAGAAAAAGGGAGAUGACUGGGAUUGCUUGCAACAUACCGUAUAGGAUUGUAUAUUAAAUAGCUUAUCUGAUUUAGCUCAUCACAGAUACUGAGCAUGUAACUAUUUAUAAGCAUUUAUAUAUACACUCAAGUACAUAGUGUGGUAAAUAUUAGUGACACAUUUCAUAUCUCUUUUCAGUGCCAAUUCCUCUUGCUCUAAAUUAGAUGAAGAUAUAAACAAAUCAGAUAUAUUAAUUUUCUCUUGAAGAACCUUUCAUGAUUGCUUACCAAGAAAAGUUAUUUACAUGUUGAUAAAAGGUGUUAUUUAACACAGUGUGUGGUAAUUUCCUCUAACUCAAAGGCAUUAGGUGCCUCAAAGAGCACAUUUUCUGCACAUAUCCUUAUGUUCUAGUCCUCAUGAACACAUACAUUCCAGAGGAAGAAUUUUAUUUGUUGUUCUGAUUUAUUUGUAUGAAGCCAAAUAUUAAACAGUGAAAUUAUUUAUGUUUAACAUAUGGUGAAUUAUGCAUGCUUCUUAAAAGUAAGGCAUAUGCCUUAGGGAAAAGUCAGGUUCAUGCAUUCAAAGUUAUUGUCUUAUCUGACUGCGGUAAAUCAUGCAUGCAAAUCGUGAAUUAAAGCUUUAAAGACAUAGGAUUUGCAAACAAUGUUGUAGUGUAGAGAGCAGAAUGCAGAUCCCAUUCCACUGACCCUUCCCUCCAGAUUUCCAGAUCCCCUCACCUGCCCAACUGUGAGUCACAGCAUGCCAUGGCUAUUGAGCUCCCUACCUCAAUAUUUUUUUAGUACUGUAAACCUUGACGUUUUGCCUGAGCCUGAUUGUAUCUCUUUCUUAUGUAUGUUUGUGUGGUGCUGUUUUUGGCUACAGUAGGAUCAGGACUUAGAGAACUUAGAUUACUAUAUGAUAUUUUAAAAGCGGAAGAAUGAUGUAUGUGUCAUGUCUCAGAUGGAGGAAUCCUUAUUAAAGGAGGGUGCCAUGUCCCAGCUGGGGAUGUUCCCCUUAGAAGAGGUCCUUGGCCAAGCCCUGGGCCAGGCUCCCUCUGGGGGCAAGGAGCUGGGAUCCUGCAGUGAGGCUGAGGAGGGGCCAUCCACACCCAGGGUGAGUUCAGCCUCAACACAUUGAGGCCAAAUGAGUUCCAAGCCCAAAGGAAAGUAGGAGGUGCCAUAAACACUGGAUGGAAACCUGAUUCUGAGCAAGUGCAUGGAUACAGGCAAUGGCUCUUCAGGCCCUCCUUGGAAAUAAGCUCUCCUUGGAAAUAAGACCCGCCUCUUAAGGAGACCUCUGGAAAAGGGGAGUUAAUAGGAGUCAGCUGAGGCUGUGGCGUGGUUCCAGCAGCACCAGCUUAAAACUCCCCGUGCUGAGCUGGAAGAGCUGCUAAACCAGCUCUGUGUCCUGCCUGCUACUGGGUUGCCUGUCUAUGCCAAAUCUGGCUGUGGACUGCUGUAACCUUGUCUCUUGCCUGACCCUUUUGAGCUCAGAUAGCUUGGUCCCUGACUUUGAACUGUUGUGAUUUUGCUUCUCGCCAGAGCCUUUGCUUUGGACUCUGCUUGCUUGUGCUCUGACCUUGGACUGACCCUCAGUACUGCUUUGGUAAUGCUGCUUUGCCAGCAAGUCCCCUGUUUGCUCAGAGAGCCACCAAAAAUGCUCCUUAGCUGGGGCAACAUUUGGUCUCAGGCUGGCCUGGGUUGGGUGACCCCAAACAUCUUUAUGAAAAAGGAGUAGGCUGUAUUAAAUAUAUAUCAUUACAAUAUAUUGUGUGGGUCUAUGACCUGCUUAGCUGAGCUUGUUAUCACUUUUAAACAUUUUGCCCUAUUGCCUUAGUUCCACCUGUUGAUUUGCUAACAUCUUGCUAUGUCUGUAUAUGGAAAAAACAAACAAACCCCACAGUGCUGUAGUGCCGAAAUAGAUACAGUAGCUUUUCAAGGGGUUAAAUGUGAGAGCUUAAAGUAGCUUGGAAUAUCUUUUCUGUAUAAAAACAGGCUGGGCUUAUUGCCAUAAGCACACUCAAGAGAGUCAUGAAGAAUAAUUGUGUGAAGUUCUUAUUUUCCUUCAGAGCAGCAAUGAACAGUUCCUAAAGGGGAGGGGAAUCUUGUCAGAGAAGAUGGGUAGUUUAAAAUAGCAUCCAUUUUGGUAGGUGGUUUUCUCAGAUUCCAACAGAAGGAGGUCAGAUAGACAGAUAAUACAAACAAGAGGGACUUGCGUCACUUCUCUUUCCCUUUUUCCUUUUAAACUUGUCUUAUUUGGGGGGGGGGGGAAUACAUUUCCCUACCUCCCACCUAAAUGUUUUCUGUAAAGAAACAGCAUAAACGUGGACAGGAACAAAAAGAACAUAAUGAAAGCAAAUUCAGGAAACAAAAUCUACAGCACAUAUAGUAAAUGUAUGCAGGCUUUUGAGUUCUCCAGAGCUCUUCAUCAGGCUACAAAAAUAAACAAAGAAGCAGGUGGGACAGAAUAGUCUGGCUUUUUAUGUUUUCUGCAGAGUCUUAAGGUUGGAUUUAAUAUUGGGCCGCACCAAGGCUUUUGGCCAAUUCCCAUCUUUGGAAAUUACAAAAACCAUCUGUUGGUCUCCCUCCAUCCUUUCACAAAACAGACAGGUUCUUUGUUAGGUAGGAACAGAGAGAAAGGUGCUGUUUAACUUUAGUUGGUGUGCUAGUUUAAAAAGUCAGUAGAGGUCAAAUUAGGUAGCCUUACCUAGCACUUCAAGUUCGGUAGCAGAAUAUAGGUAUCUACCCAAACACACAAAUGUAACUCUGUGUGAUAAAGAAGGUUCCCUGAUUCUGCAAAGUGUUCUACCCAUGUUCAAGGAAAUGUAAGUAAACCCCUCCUGAAAACCUUCUCCACUCAGCACAGGGAGGGUUGGGGAGUACGGUAAGCAGGCAGGCUGAUGCAUACUGUGACAUUGCGGGUGGGACUUGCAUGUGGGCUACUGUCCCACCCACAGUUUUAGCCCAUACAUGUUGAGGUAAAAUCCAGAACACACCUUCUAAGUGAUAGUUAAUGGAUUUCCAGUUAUUGUUCCUAUACGGUAUUCUUAAAAAAUGCAGAAGCAUCUUGAGCUACAAAUUUCAGAUCCAAUAUUUUAUUAUACUAUAUAUUACAUCUCCAAUAUCAUUCAUUUCUUAUUUUAAUCUUUUGUUCAUACUAUUAAGGGUAGGGGUGAUAAGGUAAGGAAACUGGAGCUUGUGGGGUUUUUAAAAAAUCUUGCAUACUGUUAAUUCAAAAGUCUGCCUUUUGAAUUAAAUAAAUAAACUUCCCAUUCAUGCAAUGCAUGAAUAGAAAUAUUUACAACUGUGGUUUCCUUUUAAGAGAAAACUCCUUCUUGCUAAAAAAAAAUACUUAUUUUUUUAAUUAACAGUUCUUGAGCACACUAUGCUUUCAAAAUAUUAUUGGAUGUAGAUGCUGGUUCCCCCACUCCCCAUUGUUUAAUUAACAAAGUGUUGGUUAAAUUAUAAAAUUAUUGAGAAAACAUGAAGACAUUGAGAAGAUAUUUGAAAGUCACUCCUUGUCAGCACUAUGCAUUAACACCAACAGGCCCGGCAAACAACUGGAAUGGUUUGAAAGGGAGGACUUGAAUCCCAUCAAGUAUUUAAUCAAUGCCUUCAUGCUUUUCCCCCCUGUAGUUUGCUUCUCAGGAUGCACCUGUAUAAUUAUUGUCCUAGGAGAUGUGAUUCUGAAAUCCUUUCCUGCUGCAUAAACAUUUGUUAAUUGUAUCUUGGGACCAGGAUGAAUUCUGAUCUAAAUCAUGGCCUGUCCAGGCGAUGUUCCCAGAUAAGAGACAGGGGAUUACAUCUGGAAUUGGCUUAGUUGUCUGCAUUUCUCCCUUUGUUUUUACAUUUUGGACUCUUAGAGGACAUUCAGAGGUGCAUCCACCUCUAAAAAAAAAUGUUUAGGGGUACUCUCAUUUUCCUACUUAUAUUGAAAUAUUGCCCCUCAAUGAUGCCAAACGUUGAUUUACAAAAUGUUUAGGGGUAUGUGAAUGCCUGGGUCCCCCGAGAAAAAAAGCAGUGGGUGCAUCUCAAAACUGGACAUAAGGUCCCGGUUGCAACAGCAAAAAAACGCACAGAAAAAUCAAGCACAAGUAAAUUCAUCUUUGCUCAUUUAGGGGGUGAUAAAGGCCUUUUAGGGUGAUUGAAAUAUUGUUUGAAGCCCAUCUGUGCUCUCCUUGUUCUCUGCCAGUUUUUCUACCAGAUCAGCUGCUGCACCAUUCUUUACUCUUUCUGGGAGUGUCACAGUGAUUGUGGUGGUGUUACGAUGCUGUACAGCAAAUCAUGCCUGGCUACAUGAUGACGUCACAAAGACAAAUAAAAAUAUGGACAAUGCUUCCUAGUUCUCCUGAAUGGGUGAACGCAUUUGCCUUCUUUCAUGAUUUUACCCUAAAAAACAAAGGGGGGAAGCAACCUUAAAACGUGUGUGUCCUUUUUUGUUUCUGCCCAAAGUUUUCACAAACGGCACCUCCCUUAUACCUAAGCUGUACUAUUAUGGUGCACUUUAAAUUGCUUGCUUUUUAAAUCAAUAGCAAGAUUAGAUAUGAGUUGAUAUGAUUGUGUUUCAGAUAUUUAGUUGGCCAUCAUUGGUUCAGUUUGGUCUUAAAGCUACAAGCUACUGCCAACAAAUGGGACAGCGGGAGAAACAUCCUUUUUUACUUUUUUUAAGAACAUGAGAGCUCUCCUGGAUCAGACCAAAGGCUCAUCCUAGACCAGGAGCUUAUAGGAAAUUCAAAAGCAGGACCUGAGAACAGUAGUACUCUCUCUUCUUGAGAUUCCCAGCAACUGGUAUGCAGAGCUGGAAUGCUUUCAACAGUGAAAGUAGAACAUAGCCAUCGUGGCUAGUAGUAAUUUUUACAACAGAGAAACAAUUAUAUGAUCUUAAGCCUACACAUGUACAUUUUAUUUGUAUGCCACCUUUCCAUAUUUAAAACCAUGCUCAAUGCAGUUUACAACAUGGGGGGGGGGAUACAUAAUUACAAACAUAACAAAAGUAGUCAAGCAAUAAAUAAAACAUCAAAAAGUGCACAACCAAAUUGAACAAUUUCCACAUAAAUCAUAAUAAGAUCUAAAAUAAACAUAAAAAAUAAUAUAGAUAACCACAAUAACCCCCUUAAAUAAUGUCCCAGCCAAGAGUGUUCAGCAGCCUCAGCUUUUGGAGCUGGAAUCAAUGAGGCCCCACCCUCCCAGGCCAGGUGGAAAAAGUCCUGCAAGGCAGGGAGCCAGUCGUUCAGGACUCACAGCCAAGAUAUGUUCAGUGAAAGAACUAGUGACAAAUUUACAGCUUAAAUCCCUCCUAUACAUUUAUUUACUGAGAAACAAGUCCCAGCAUUUCAACAUCACAUUUCCAUGAAAUAUUGUAUCAGACUACAUUAUCUUUAUAUAGUUUGUGUUUACUGGAGAUGCCUUUUUGUGUAUGGAUUUUAGAUUAUUGUUUUCAGACCAAAGAUACAAAGAAAUCCAGAUAUUUUAGCACAUGCGUAUAUGUGUGUAUCCAUUCUACAUGAGAACAGCAGACCAAAAUAUAUCACAUGGCACGUGCUUUGAGGAUGCCACAAUGCAUCAAAUUUGUGCUGACUCUGGCGGAGUUAUCAAAUGUCUGAUUGAGCCCAUGGAAAGACGCUUAUCUAACUCCCACUGCACCUCCUUCCCUCCCUCCUUCUUGAGCUGGGAGGAUAAAACUUUCUGCAAAGUCUUGUAAAACAGCAAGGUGCAUUAAGUUAAAGCAACUCACCAGUGGCUUCAACCUCUAUGUCUAGCACUAACUCAGCAGAUGAUUAGAGGACUGUGUGACCCUUGGCAGCUUUACAGGGUCAUAUUUUGACAUGGCUGAACUGUUCUUGAACAAUUCCUCCAAUGUGCUAGGUACAAACAGUCUUUUCUUCAGCCUCAAGCAUGCAUGUCUUAUCUUUCCUACCUUUUUUUUUUUUUUUUUAAGAAGCAUGGCUAUUGAAAUAUACUGAAGGUUAACUCAGCCUCUUGCUUAUGUUGGUUUGAUGUUUCCAUUCUUCUGCUUGGACAACAGCACAUCGUGGUCUUUACUUCCUUUUUUAACUUCUGUAAAGGAGCCAUUGCUGGCCCUGAACUGCAGUUUUGAUCCUGAUUCUGUAAAUGGUGAUAUUUCAUUCUGUAUCACCAGUUUAAUGCACGAGUUUAGUACCACCAACCAAGAGACAACUUGGUAUAAUCAUUUAGAGACAACUGCAUAAGAGAAAGUUUGUUUUAGGUUGAGAAACCUUUCUUCUGUUCCUACUAGGCCUAUUUAGUGGCAGUAAGGAAACAGAGAGUGUUGGGUGACCAGCAGGGCCAGCCCACCUAUGAGACAAGGGGAGGCAGUUGCCUCAGGGUGGCAGGUUCCUGAGAGUUGGGAGGCAUGGUAAAUUUGACCUCUGCUCUGUGGAACAUGCCCUGUGCUUGUUGACCUUCACAACCUCUCUCUCCACUGAGCAACUGCUGCUGUGAGCAUGCACCUGGUGGCCAUGGGUGGUGGGUGCAUGGGUGGCGGGCAUGAAGCAAAGAAGGAAGGGACAGCGGGCAGACACGUGGCAGUGUGUGUGCAGCAAAAGAGGCAGGAAGGAGUAUUUUUUUGUUUUGCCUCUAGUGGCAAAAUGUCCUCAGUCAGCCCUGGUGACCAGCUACCAGUGAAGUCUAAACUUUGGGAAUGGCUCAGUUGAACAAACCACUGUACUUUCAGUGUAACAAGGACAAUAGCCUACCCACAGAUUGCAGGACGUUUAUUGCAUUUCUUUUUAAUAGCAUUGAACAUAUCUAAAAUUGUCCACAGUGGCAGAGAAGGGCAAUUACUGAGAGCAUCUAUUUAGAACCUUAAUGGCAUCCCUAUUUCUCUGUUACCCACAUUACAGUUUCAUCAAUGGCUUCGGAUGCAGCAGAGAAUUUCAGAUAUUACCAGAGCCAUCUUACUUUGCAUCACAAAUGCUCUUAGACAUUUGGUGCUGCUUUCUUUGAAGUACUUCCCUAGUGUACCCUUGUUAUAAUUUUUAAAGCUUUAUUACUAAUUUCUGUGUCAGAGUGAUAAAAGAUGAAUGGUCAGCACGUAGCUAUGUUAACGAUGCCAACUGAGGAUAUGAUUUAUUAGUGAAUAACAUUACUUUCCAUAAUGAUUUUUGUAUAAAACAUAUAUAGCUAGACUAGAACAUUAACUUCACAUGCAAAUAUUGCCAGCAUAUUUCCUCCCUGUUAAAAAGUAGCUGGAAAAAUAAGUGUGAGGCACAAAUAUAGACUGAACAGCUGUUGCUUUUACACAGUUUGAGAGAGGCUGUAGCCCUAUUCAAGCCUUAUUAUUGUUAUUAUUAUUAAAAUUUGUAUGCUGCUUUCCCAUAUAAAUAUGCUCAAUGCAGCUUACAACAAAACAAGUUCCAAAUAUUUCAAAAUAAAACAAUAUUUAAGCUCUUAGAAAAACAUUAUUGAUUGGAGGUCUAGUCUGCUUACUUCAGGGUGAGUCUCACUAAAGAUGGUACUUGCAAAGGGAUUACAGCUACUCUAGAGUAAGGAUGCAUUCACAUAUAUAGAUGCGUCAUCUGAUGCCUGCAUCAUGAAAUGAUAACUUGCACGGGUGAAACAGCCACCACAGACCAUACACCACAGACAGAACUUUCAUGCACAUGGCAUGACCUAACUCAAAGAGAAUAUUUUUCAAAGCAGAAAGUCCAUACUUCCAGCUUCAAGUAACUGAAUAUAGGCAUAAACGCAAUCAUCCUUACACAUUCAUAGAAUCAGAGGUAGAUGCAGUGAGGGCUUGUAGCUCCAGCCUCCACACCUGCAUCUGGUUCUAUCCAUAUGUUUGUAAGCAGGGGAGGAUUCUGACUGGGCCAAGGUCUGCCCCCCUGUAAGAGUUCUAUGGGCAUACAUGACAGUACCAAAGGCAUGGAUAGUGGGGGGAAUUACCCAUGGGUUGGCUAGCCUAGAGAGAAUGAAAGAGAGCAAAACAAUGAGGAUGGAGAAAACUAAAGUAGUGCAAAAGAGGUCUAUUUCUCCCUACGUCCAGUCCACUGAGGCCUCAGCAGCUGUGGAAAUAGAUAUAGAUAUUCAGCAGUAAAUAGAAUUGUAGAGUUGGAAGGGAACAUGAAGAUCAUGCAGUCCACCCCCCUUCCCGAUGCAGGAAUCUUUAGCCCAACCUGGGCCCAUGACCCUGAGAUUAAGAUUCUCAUGCUCUACCUUCUGUGCAGCCAGCAAGUGAAGAGGUUUGGGGGCCUCACAAGGGAGCAUCAAUUACAAGCAAGUGUUAAACUCUUCAGGUGUUUUUUUCCUUAAGCUGUCUCCACUUUUUCUGUGAAUGGUGGGACCCAGUCUGAGUUGAGCCUUGAAGCUUCUCCAUCUGUCUAAUUAUGUUGCCUGACGCACACUAAAAAAUUACAACGAAGGAGCAUAUGAAUCAGAAAGCAGUAAGGGGGGUGUGUGUGUUGUUAUUGUUGUUUAAUCAAGUGAUUUCAAGCAUUUUUUUUUUAAAAAAAUGCAUUUCUUCCAUUGACAAGCUGUGUUGAAUGGCAGAUUGCAUCAUUUCUUUUGAAAGCCAUGUGUAAAGACAUCACGGAACUGAAAGAUGGUCUGCUGAGAAUAAUGAAAGAAAUGUCUUUAUAAAAUUAAUAAUAAUAGGCCCCAGUCAAGUACCUGAAUUUGUAGGUUUAGCAAAAACACUAAUUAAGCUCAGAUUAUUUCUGUUUUUCAGUCAUAAACUAUGCUACUAUUUGAUAAUUCUGCUCUUAAUGGUGUAGCUAUGAUGUUUACUGCUAUGCAUUGCUGGUUUCUUUUGUCUGUUUAUGGGUGGUAGCCCAAAAUCAAGGGCAGUUUGAGAACCUUGCCUACAGCAAAAGAAAAAAGAAAAAAAGAAAGAAAAACUUUUCAACAACCUGUUGGCACAAAUGCAAGAAAAAGAAAAAGGUUAGAAUUUGUACUGCAUUUCUUCCAUCUUUGAAUUAGAGCUUCUCCUGAUAUUAACAUAUUUUAACAGCUGAUCAGAUCCUUUAGAAUUCUGGCUAAACGUAAACCAGGAUCUCCAUGCGGAAGCCAGUGUGCAAUGGGAGAGAGAAAGGGAGGCGUGAGGAAGGGCUGUGCAUCUACGGUGCUUCAGAGGUGAUGAAGUCAGAUGUCUGAACGCAGAGGGCUUUGACUUUUUUUUUUACAAAAACCUAAAACAUCUCCCUAUGAAAAUGAGACGCACAGCUUCUUUACUUUUUGUGAAACAAUAUUCAACCUCAAUAGACCAUGUUGACCAGUUUAGUUUUAACCAAUGAAAUGGCAGUUCUGUCACUGGAUUUCUCACAAUUCCCAGUGUUUCACAGUUUCACAGGGCCUACUGGAUUGUUAUGGUUCAUAGCAUUGGCUUGAUGCCCUCAAAACGUCCUUCUCCAAUGAAGGGAACUGGGAGCUCUAUGGCUGCAAGGAAUUACUGAUUCAAGGUGAACAGGCAUGAUACAGAGAACCCCAAGCCUACCAGACAUCUUUAUUAAAAGCAUAUAGAGACAAUAGACGGAAUACACAUUUAUUGGAUACAUAUUUACAGCAAAGGAUCAAAUACACAGACUACAGUAAAAGUACAAAGUCUAUUUAAUUUCUGCUAAAAUCAAUGGUACAAGCACACAUUUAAGAACUUAUCUCACUCUGAUUUCAACAGUAAGUAAGCAUGUUUAUUUUUCUGUAGGCUGCGCCCAUUAUGUUUUGCCUUUGGCUGAUGCAACACUGAGUUUGAGGGAGCCACACAUCUACUUACAAUCCGUCAUUAGAAAUGAUUAAUUAGAAUCUGUAGGAACUGUUGGCUAUUUCUGGCACUGCUGGGAAGUACUUUAUCCCAGAGUAAAAGUAAUUUGCCCCCAUUGUAAAUUCUGCAAAAGUUGUGCCAUGCACAAAAUCAGAAGGCUUUGGACUUAGCGGAGGUGAGUUAAGAAAGGCUCAGAGCCACUGUCAAGACUUAGUUUUCUCAAUCUUAGUUAAAUGUUGAUGGUAGACACAGUCAGUUUCAGCUCAAAAUGGAUAUUUUUUUAAAUUCCUUUUUUAUUCAGCAGUUUUAAAGUUUAAAGGUUGUACACUGGUCUAACCAUACCAUUUGUCAGGCAAGAUAAUGUAGAGUUGAUAUUCUUUAAUGGUUAGUAAACAACUCUUUAUGAGAUCUGGCUGUAAAAAUAUGGGUUCUUGUCACCAAUAUAUCUCUGCAAUGUAGGGGAAACUAUCGGAAGUUUGGAGAAUGUGGCACACCUUUCCCACAUCAGCCUCCAGCUAGAAUGAUGCAUGCUAGAUUUAUGUGCAGAGAACAAAAGGAACAUGUUUGGCACUGAUAGAGAAACACACAGAAAUGGAUUGAGUAAGCUGAAGGCAAAAUCUCCUGAGGUGUUGGGCUGUCCCUCCUAGCUGAUCUGAUGUGGGCCACUGGAUUGAUGCUUAUAGAAGUAUUUAAACUGUCUCUGCCCAUGCUUGGUUUGUAUAUUUGAAGCUAGCAGUACAAAAUCCUUUUCAUUCCAGAGUAUCUGUUCCACCUCUUUAAAGCAGCAUGUCCACCUCCAUCUCCUUGAAAGAUUCCAUCAACGGUGUCUCCAAAAAAAUUUAUAUAUCACUUGGGAAGACAGGCGCAGUAAUACCAGUGUACUGGAAGAAGCAAAGAUCACCAAUGUCAAAGCAAUGAUUCUUCAUAUCAACUUUGCUGGACUGGUCGUGUUGUUCAGAUGCCUGAUUAUCAUCUUUCAAAGCAACUACUCUAUUUCCAACUUAAGAAUGGAAAGAGAAUUGCCGGUGGACAACAAAAGAGGUUAAAAGACACUCUAAAAUCUAAAAAAAAAGCAGUAUAAGCAUGGAUAAUUUGGAAACACUGACCUGCAAGCUCUCCAAUUGGAGAAGAGCCUCUAACAAAGGCAUCUUGGAUAUUGAAGAAUCAUAAACUCAGGAUGAAAGGGAAAAACAAGAUAAAAGGAAGGCACGUUUAGCAAAUCCUCACCAUGAUCAACUCCCACCCAGAAACCUAUGUCCCCACCGUGGAAGGACAUGUGGAUUCAGAACUGGCCUCCACAGUCAUUUACAGACACACCAUUAAGACCAUAGUCAUGGAAAAUAAUCUUACUUGGCUACAAGUGAUUGCCAUAGAAAAAAUGAAGAACUGGGUGCAUGCGAUAAGGUACCCCUGCCCAUACGGGCCAGUCGUGUCCGACUCUAGGGUUGUGCGCCCAUCUCACCUAAGAGGCCAGGGGCCAGUGCUGUCCGGAGACACUUCCGGCUCACGUGGCCAGCGUGACGAAGCUGCUCUGGUGAGCCAGCACCAGCGCAGCACACGGAAACGCCAUUUACCUUCCCGCUAUAAAGCGGUACCUAUUUAUCUACUUGCACUUAGGGGUGCUUUCGAACUGCUAGGUGGGCAGGAGCUGGGACUGAAAGACGGGAGCUCACCCCGCCGCGGGGAUUCGAACCGCCGACCAUACGAUCGGCAAGUCCUAGGCACUGAGGUUUUACCCACAGCGCCACCCGCGUCCCUUUUGGGUCCAUGCGAUACAAUACGUUAAACUCUAAUUUUUGAAUUUCUAAAAUUUGAAUUGAGGAAUCUUAAAUUUGGACUUACGAUUUCAUGUCACAUAACAGUCACAUACUGGCUGUAAAAUAUACUUGUUUUACAUUCCCCUGCAAAAGACAAAGCAAAAGCAUUACAGUUUAGACGAAAUUAAAAGUGGGCAUUCUUAAGGAGCAUUAAUCAGAGAAUUAAUGUACUUGCCACUUCCAAAGAUGCAAAAGAGUAUUGGGUCAUCUUUGUAUGAUUAGUCAUUUGCAAAAGCACAUUUACUACUGGAAAUCACUGGCAAGUCCCCAACACCACCCAUUUUGAUUUGAAACUUUAAAUGCUUGUUCCCACAAAAUCCUUCAUCCUUCAGCAAAAUGGAUGGCUGAAGCUUGUUUGGUGCUAAUUAUGUUCUGUGGUCUACCAAGACUGAAGUUUAUUUGUUUUGCAGCUGCCACAGGACUGUUACUAACAAAUUAGCUUUCAUUUAUUUCAAAGAGGGCACUAGCACUGGACAGUUGGUCCCACAUGGAGGUUACUGAACAGCACUUGCAUGUCACUUCAGCUUUGCAAAGUCUGUGUAUUUACUUUUUUAAAACAUAAACCACUUUUCAAACAGAAUGGCCCCCAAAGUGGCUUACUAAAAUGAAGACAAACAAACUUAAUACAAUUUUAACAUCAGAUUAAAAGCAAACAUUUCUUUAUAUUGUAACAGUAAAUUUGAUUUAUAAAUUGUUUUCUGUUUAUAUUUGGCUUUCUGUGUGAAUAAGAUGCUUACUGUUGGUCCAGCCUCUACCAGCCUGGUGUUCAUGAAACUUCAGGGGGAGGGGGGACUAUGAACGGUCAUGGUGUGGAAGAGGCAAUGUAGUCAGUUGUAGAAGCAUCUGACCUGGUAUCAGUUCUGGAGUUUGGCCUUAUUACACAAUCUAUUCUGUACUGCUCUGUCUAAGCUCCUUUGCUGAUCUAGCUAUUUGGCCCAUAGUUCCCUUGGUGGUCAAAGGUUGGGGAAACUCACAGGCUGAAUCAGUGUCUGGUAGUUAAAGUUCUGGUGAAAUCCUUUUGCUCUGCCAUUCAGGAGCUAAAAAUGCAAAAAGUACUAGAUAGCUGAUCCAAAGGUCUCCAAUAUAUUCCAAGGAUGUUGGUUUCAGCUGGACUCAGCACUGCAUGCUCCAAUACAUGUGUCUCAUAUGACACUGUUUGCGUAAUCAAAGGAGCAACUCCCCACUGACUAUAAACAGUAUACUUUACUAAGAUAGUUUCAUAGAUGUCACUUAUAGGGCAUACUGAAACAAAACAAAAAACCUGCUAUCCUAACCUUGUGAUGUUACUAGACCUCUUUUGUGAUGACAAUUGGUUUUUUGAAAUAGAGUUGAACCAGAAUGAAGAAUCCUUUGUUAGAAUUAAUACAGAAAGUGGUACUGUGAGACUAUUCAGCUCCCCCUUCAGCUUUUCUGUGCUGGUCUUCAGAGAUGGGGGACAGAUUAUCUAGAGGCUGCAGGUAAAGUCUCGCUAGUAAUGUAGAAUGACUAUAUAUAUAUAUAUAUCUCUAUACAGUGGUACCUCAGGUUAAGUACUUAAUUCGUUCCUGAGGUCCGUACUUAACCUGAAACUGUUCUUAACCUGAAGCACCACUUUAGCUAAUGGGGCCUCCUGCUGCUUCCGCACCGCCGGAGCACAAUUUCUGUUCUCAUCCUGAAGCAAAGUUCUUAACCCGAGGUACUAUUUCUGGGUUAGCGGAGUCUGUAACCUGAAGCGUAUGUAACCUGAAGCAUAUGUAACCCGAGGUGCCACUGUAUAUCUAUAGAUAUAGAUAUAGAUAUAGGUAUAGAUAUGUUCUUAACCUAUGUGGGAGCAGCAACCUUUGCUAUGAACUCGUACAUGGCAGCUGUGGUCAAGUGGAUGAAGAAUAAACUGAAGCUGCAUCCAGGCAAGGUGAACACAAUGGCAGUGAAGGACUCAUUGGGGCUUGUAAAAAACAGAGGUGCUUGCCUCUGAUGGACUUUUUCAGCCGUCAAGGAUAAAGCAGGGGCAAGGAGUUAGACAAUGUCACUUUCCUUAUCUAAUCUUUUGGGGAUGUGGGUUACUUGCAGAAGAAUUCCCAGUCAACUUUAAUUGCCCAAACAGAAGUUAUCAGCAUGCAACUGAACACCACUCAAAAACAGAGACCCUAAGCUUCUUCACUUGAGGUUCCCAGAUGGGUCAUUAUUGUCCAGGUUGGGUGGCCACCUGUCAGGGAUUCUCUAGCUGUGAUUCCUGGGGUUCAUUCCAACUUUACAGUUGAUGAAUUCAACUGUAUGAAUUCAACAGGUGUCUAAUUGACAGCGGUUCUCAGAAAUGUCUUUUUCCAGAUGCAUCAUAUUUGCAGAUGGAGACCACUUCUUGAAGAUAGAGAUGUGGCUGGCAGCAGUCAGCCCUGACUUUGUAACAUCAGUGAUCGACAAUGGCAAUGUGUGCUACACAAGCUGGAUUAGUGCUUCCCAGAAUGUAGGGGGUUAUAGCUGGAGAAAAAGAAAAGUUUAUGGGGACACUACAGAUUUCAUGAUGGAUACAGAAUACACUUACUACUUUCCCAUGAUCUUGUACAAUCUGCAUCUAACAUCUGAAUGAAAUAUACUGAAUGAAAUGUAUACCGAAUCCUAUCAAUUCUAUCAAUGUGAAUUCUAAAUCCACACCUCUCCCUGCCUGUUCCCCUCGCUUGUUUGAAUAACUGCUUUUCGUUCCAACCCCUGUGUCACCUGGCAAAAAUACCAAACUGAUUGUAAAGCUGACAAUAGAGAACUCAGGCAGAGAUUAAUUACAUAGCGAUCAUAUCCAGUUCAGUUUUUUCCUGUUACAUAGCAUGUAUGCAUUUCAUGUUAGCAUGCUGCCUGUUUCAUGUGGAAGAGAAAAAUAUUGAUGACUUGCAAAUGAAUGUGGGUAUGGGCAACAAUCCAGUAGUCCUUGCUGUCAAGGCUUACACAGUAAUUAAUAGGUGCAAUGAGGCUAUUCUAGACUACCAGAGCACCUUCUCUGUCAACUUCCAUUGAACUGGAGAGCACCAGUAAACAUUGAGGGUUUGUGUGUGUGUGUGUGUGUGUGUGUAAAAAGUGGAGCACCUUGAUAAAUGUCAGCCUCUGACUAUAAAUUGUGUGGCUCAAGCUGCUUUAAUUGGACUAAUCCGCAUAGCUGGUAAGAAUCUGAUUUAAGCAGCUGUGUGGUGCAAGCACUCAAUCAGAGGACUUGAACUAGAGGUGAAGGAGAGGUGCCAGCUUUUCUCCCAUGCCAAAACAAAGCUCCCUGCCAGGGCGAUGGCUUGGGGUGAAAGAAAUUUGAUCCUUGGAACAAAAUCCUACAAUACUUCUCCAUUUCUCAUUCCAAAGCUAGACUCUGAAUUGUGAGUCAUUUUCUCAGAUCACCCAGUAAUCAGCAAUGUUUCUUGUUUACUUAAUUCAUUCUUUCGCCUCACUCUAUAUAUGAUUUGCUGGGGGUGUGCAUCAGAUUUUGACAAAUUCUGAGUUGGUCUGGGCUGAUUUGGAAAGCUUUGUGGCUUUUCUAAACCAAAGUUUGGUCUUUCUGAAUCACCAUGAAGCAAACGAGGUCCCUCUGGCAUGAUUUGGAGAGAUGUGGAGAUUUGGACAUCUAAAAAACAACUAUGCAGAUAGCAUGUUUCCAAAAAAAUUCAACAAUUUAUCCUCAAGCUUGCCAUAUAAGGAAAAUGCCAUAUUGGGGAGAGGGUACUGUGCAUUUUCAAUGUGCAGAAAAACACAGGACGGAAACACAGAGGUUGGCUCUGCCAGUUUUAAGAUGGCAGAUUUUGGAAGGUUUACAUCGUUACUGCCACUUUAGCCAGUGAGGACAGAUGUGGGCUUGAUAUAUAAUAUGUGGAGGAUAAUAAAAGUGACCUGCCUAUCAGACGAAUGAGAUUAAUUAUAGCUUCCCUUUCUCUGCUGGUAAGUUCUGCUCUGCUGCUUCUUCAUAAUGAUUUGUCUGUGUCUUGCCAUUCGUGCAGUAGUCAAGGCAAUGGAAGUCAAGAGCUUUUUUUUUUUUUUAAAAGGCAGAAACCUUCAUUAGGAUUCUGAUAAGCACUGAGGUGCACUUGUUCAAAUACAUCUCUCUUGUAAGCCUGAUCCUUGUCACUGAUACAAAACCACAUAUACUAGUUUUAUUUUUAUUUUUGGCUUUGUGUUUUGAGGCUAAGCAAAUGCUUGUACUUAUACAGCCAAAUGGCAUUUCGUGUUGUAAGAUCAUUGGGUCCAGUAGGGCUGUAAUGGAGAUGAAUUAAGCUCUGCUUUGUUUUGGGCCAUGGCAGCAAGAAUGAAAGAUGUAUUACAUUCUAAACCACAUGUUUUACAGUGAGCCAAGACUUACCACAGAAAGUAUAAAACAUAAAUUUGGCAUUGAUCAGUGUAUAGUUAGUUAUGGAAUGAAGUAAUUAACUUUUACUGGUGAGAUGUAUUCCCAGCUUAUCUUCUGCAUAGUUUUUGCUGUGGGUUAGCCAGUUACUUUGUAUGGAGGAUGGCAACAGGCUGCCUCAUGUCCAGAAAGGCAAGGUUCAACAUAUGUCUUCAAAAACCCAUUUCCCUGUGGCCUACUUCUUCCCACAAGCAACAGCAACCGAGGUGGAAAAUCUAUGGCUAGAUGUUACCACUCCAGACAACAGGUGCAAGCUCACCGUAGGUAUUUCAACAUUGCAGCAAAAAUAUUUAAUUUCUUAUAACACAUAAGAAACUAGGUGUCAGUGAGAAGACUUAAAGGCUAGCUUUGAGGUCUUGUUUUACGAUCAAGUGGUCUAUAAAUAUUAUGAAACAAACAAAUAAACAGCUUCCUCCCUGGUAUGUUAGCUUACCAUAUGUUGGGUUGCUGUUGUUAGUGAGACAUUGUCUAAAUCCCAACCUGCAUACUGAAGUGGCACUGUUUAAAUGCAGAGCUAGCCCAAGAAAUUUUGGCUUUGCUGUCCAAGACAAAACAACAAAUGGCAUCCCCCUACACAGAGAGAGAGAGAGAGAGAGAGAGAGAGAGAGAGAGAGAGUCAAGGUGUUUAGCACCCAGAGUGAGUCACGUUUUUUAGGUAUCUGAAAAUGAAAAGCCCACAAACACCCCACCCUGGCAGUAACAAUAACAUGGCACCCAAAAUCAGCUGCCUGAGAUCUCAGUUUCACUCGCCUAAUGUAGGCCUGCUGACUACCAUUUGGUCUGGUGUUUGAAAGAACUUCAUUACGGUAUUAAAACUAGGUUAAAGCCGUAUUUGCUGGGCAGUGUGUGCUCUGAUCUCGGCCAUUGUUUAGCCCUUCUUUUGCUGUGUAUGAAUGUCAAGAUCUGAGCAAGGUUUCUUUAUUCCAAAGAGCAUCGGACUAGUGUUUCUGCAUCCUACUAGGUCAGACCCUAAGGGAAGACAUUGAAAUAGCUUGCUUGACACCUCUUGAAAAUAGCGGUGGAGGGGGAAGUCUAUUUCCACAUCUCUUUCUCUUUUGCAUAAUGUAUGAUAUCUGAAUUAACUUUCAUGACAUAUUAACACUCUAGAGCUGACUUAAUAUAUAGUGUUAUGUAAUACAUUAUGCAUGGCUUGUGCAUCAGUUGGGCUGCGAUUUCGGCAGCCACAGACUUGAAAUGGUCUCUCAGUGACAUAACUGUUAAGUAACAAUGAAGCCAAAUUCUGCAUGCUGAAUUUUAUUUUGCAUUGCUUCUUGUUAUGUUUGACUUUUCUAAUUUACUGAAACCACUAAGAUGUAAACUGUGACUCUCCUCUUCAUGUUAUCCACAAAAAGGAAAGGGGAUGGGGGUGGGAUUUCAUUCCUUUUCCUUCAAGCUGAGCUAAUUCCCUUGACGUCCCAUUGUAAUUUCAGUCUACAACAUCAGAAGCAUUAUGAAUUGUGAUAUCUUUGCCUGGUACAGGCAAUACAAUGUGAAGAGAAAGAACAAUGCUCAAAUGUUAACAUUGUGAUUAUAAUGCGCUAUUCACAAGCGUGGAAAUGGCAUGAUCAACAUGCCUGCACUUUCACAGAACCACAGAACUAUAGCGUUGGAAGGGACCUCAGACAGAUGGCCAGCCAACCUCUCUUUGAAAACCUCCAAGGAAGGAGAGUCCACCGCCUUCCAAGGGAGUCCGUUCCACUGUCGAAUAGCUCUUACUGUCAGAAAGUUCUUCCUCAUGUUUAGUUGGAAUCUCCUUUCUUGUAAUUUGAAUCAUGUUUAAUGGAUCUAAAAAUAGUUACACUGCCAAUGUUAAAAAGCUUUUAAGCAGCAUUUUGUCAGGAUUAUAUGAAUUGGAUUGAUGCUGAAUAAAACAUAUGCAUGAAUGGCUAUAUUUGUUAAUUCCAGAAGAGUAGUCUUGUUAGCCUGUAGCAGCAAAAAGGCAGUCAUGUGGCCUUAGAGACUCACUGGUAUACAAUGACAAACUUCCAGAGGAAACAGCUUAAUGUGUCCAGUUACUUUGUCCUUCUUCCUUUUCUCUCUUCUCUCAAUUAUCUUCUAUUUGAAUUUAGAUUAUAAGGUCCUUGUAGCAGAUGUGUGUUGUUUUAAAUCAGUAGCAGUGUACAUGUGUUAUGUCUUGGUGUGGUGUUGGCAGUCUUUUUUGGGAGAAAGAAGAGGUGCUCAGUGUGAAGUUGAAAUAACCUUUAAUAUGCAGAAAGACAUAUUUUGCAUCUAGAAGGAUGCAGCUAUACAUAAUGAUGAUGCUAUGUAAUAAUAAAUAAUUAUAAUAAAAUACGUUGAAUCCUUUUUUACCCUGUAAAGGUGUGUUGGUAUGAAUAUAAUAACCUUUCUUAAAAAUAUAUUCAUCCUUGUCUUUCAUGGACAAAUUAAUAUCUAAGAAUAUGAGAGUGAUAUUCAUAUGCAUUGGUUGUCCUACACAACUAGGAGGCUUUAUUGUCAAUUUCCAAUCUGUAUUAUUAACCAUACCCUUUGCUCCUUUGGCACUAAAUGAAGUGUACAGCUAUUCUACUAAUUAAGCUGCAAUUUGAAUGUAAACAUAAUUUUGCCAUUUAGAAAGUUAUGAGCAGGCCACUUUUUGAAUACAGAGCUAAGAAGUGACUUUCAGGGUCACAACUUCUCACACUUCCUAUGGCUUCUUUUGUUUAAUUUGAAAUCCUCAGCCUUGCAUUUAGCUAAUAAUUAAAUGCACAGUGUUUGAUCGCUCAGCCUGCCAUUGAAGUGGCAAAGGCCUUUUUCACAUAGUAUGCUUUCCUUAUGACACAUACUGUGAUGUGACAUCCUUAGCUGGGCUAUACAAUGCACUUCUAACCCUUUGUAAGUAUCCGCUGUUACCAUCAUUCACACAGGACAUCGGUCAAAUGCAAGUGCCAAGUUAUUUAAAUGCAUUAAUAAGUGGAGUCAAAGGGUGUCUCUGUGUGUGUGUGUUUGGAACAAAGCUCACUCAGAGAGCACAUCUUUUACGUGAAGAAUACUGUGCCGGUUCAGUUUUCAGUUUCAGCAAUUAUCUUAGGAGUACGGAAUUUCUGACACCCUCCCCCCAGAUGUUAAACUACAGUUCUACAGUUCCAAUUAUCCCUGAACAUUAGCCAUGCUUACUGGGGUUGAUGGCAUUUGGAGCCCAACAACAGCUGGAGGGCCACAGGGUCCCCAGCCCUGAAAUAACAGGUCUCAGGAAGCAGUGCUCUCCUUUCCAGGUGUGGCCAUCCUCCGCUUGACUUACCUUAUUGUUUAUUGUUCUAUCUGCACCAGACAAUCUGUGGUUAAUUUAAGCUGUGAAUGGUUGAAAAAAAUUCAAAUAUCAAGCCGUGGUUUUUGAUCUUGCCAUGUUUUAAAAACUCAUAGUUUUUAAACUAAUCACAGUACUUGCUUUGGACAUAAUAAAUUGUGGUUAGUUUCAAGGAGGAAGUGGGUGUUUCUAGUCUCCUCCUCAUGGCUGCUCUGGGAAAGGAGAUGGAAGGGGGAGCAUGUGAACACAAGGCUUGUCCAGCCUUGUUCCCUUGGUCAGAAACCAUUCUGCUUCUGCUUUUCUUUAGUUGUCAUAUGCAAACUUCAGUUUUAUGUGGAGGAGAGAAGAGAAAGCUUGAACCCAAGGCAUGACCAAGCUCAUCCAAGGUUUAGCAAUGUGUUUGAACUGAGCCACUGAACUUGAGGUAGGCUGGUUUGCUUUUCUACUUGGAAAAGACUAGGCUAACCAGGCUUUUUCCUCAGCAGUAAUCUAUACUGAUUGCAAAUAAGUCAGCAUUAUGCCAGCAUUGAACAUUAAUCAAAUCAUAGCAUUAGGUACAAAUUAUGCGCCUUUUAUGACAUAUAUCAAUGACUAAGGCCUGGCACAUAGACAAAUCAAUCCAAAUAAAAGAACCAGAUUUCUGUCCCUGAUAGUACCAAAUGAACAAUCUAUUAUACCUGUUUCCCAGGUAGAAUCUGCAUCACCCAUUGCCACAUCUUAUAUCAUUCCAGAGCAUCCUCUGACCUUCAGAGUGACUUUCCAGGGAGCACAAGGGAUUGCAGUAAGGAAGCAGGGUGGGGAAAGCGCUUUUGCAUGACUGGAGUUCUGCUUAUACAACUUUGGAUCCCACCCAUUGUUAUAUAUCCUCUCCGCUUUCAGCAAAUCUGCUUUCCAGCCUUUAAACCUUCUCUACAGCCAACUGGUGUCUUUUCCUAAUUUUCCCACCUGUUCAGAUAAAUAACAAACACAAAUUGAUUUUGGCUUUCAGCAUAGAGGGAGGAGAGAAAGAUGACAAACUACUUCUUUCAAUGAAGAAUGGUUUCUGGGAAGAGAGCAUUCUGGAGUGGGACGGAGACAAAACACUGUAUCUGGAAUUCAUUUUCUUCAUUGAAGAUUUUCCAGGUAAUAACCAUAAAUAUUGUAAUGUUUAUAGCCUUCUUAUUUUGUUCUCAUUGCAUUUUAAAUCACUGAUUCCUAAGGUGUUAUUCCUCUUACAUACUGUUUGGUCAUAAUCUUUUGUUGCAGAAAAAUGUGAGCCCAUUCAGACUUUUUUUUAAAAAAAAAAGUCUAAAUAAAUACCCAGUUUUAUCUUUGCUUUUAAUGUUUUUACAUUUGAAUCUGCUGAUUAUAUAUACACUGUUCCCACAGUAUGCCUUUGGGAAACCUGCAAGCAGGACCUGAACAUUCUCCCCUUCAGCAGUUUUUGGAACUAGUAUUCAGAAGCAUUACUACCUUCGACUGUGGAAGUAGAGCAUAACCAUCAUGACUAGUAGCCAUUAGUAGUCAUGUCCUCCAUGAAUUUCUUUAAUCCUCUUUUGAAUGCAUCCAAGUGGGUGGCUACUACAGUGGUAACUCUGGUUACCAACUUAAUUCGUUCUGGAGGUCCGUUCUUAACCUGAAACUGUUCUUAACCUGAAGUACCACUUUAGCUAAUGGGGCCUCCCACUGCCUCCGCACCGCCACUGCGCGAUUUCUGUUCUCAUCCUGAGGUAAAGUUCUUAACCUGAGGUACUACUUCCGGGAUAGCGGAGUCUGUAACCUGAAGUGUUUGUAACCUGAGGUGUUUGUAACCUGAGGUACCACUGUACUGCCCCAUGUGGCAUUCCUCUUGAACAUACCAUGUGGGAAAUGAUGUGUAUACACAGUCUUUUACCAUGUGCAACACAAGAGGAAUGCUUAAACUGAGCCCAGAAAUCAAUGAGGAAUUAUUCUCUUGGUUUCCACCUUUCUUAAUUAAAAAACAAAAGAAAAUGCAGGAGGUAAAGAAUGAUGACAACAUUCUAUUGAACGAUUCACCAUCCUUUUGAAGAUAGGCUACAACUAUUGUAUGAAUCUUUCCAUGAAAAUAGCAUGUCAUAAAAUAUCAUUAUCAUUGCAAUGGUUACCAAAAAGGAUGCCUUAAGGGGUUUUGAACAGUCAAGUCCACAAGGUUCAUGCAGAGGUAUAAUAUUUAAACUGGUAAAGCUGCUCACGCUAUUUUUAAUAGUCCAUAUCUGUUCAUCUGUGUAAAUCAUGCUUUCAAAAAAGGUUCAUUACCAAAAGAACUUUACUCGGGAAGGGAAUGUUAAUAAGUAAUGAAACAAAGAGCUCUGUCAUAGAGAUUAAGUACCCCUGUGUCUAAGUACAAAGUUCAUGUAGCAAAGUGCAGCUGUUACUCUGCUCAUAACCCUACAGCAGCCUUCUAACCUCCGUUCAAAAUCUGUCUGCUGGCUUUCCUGUUACUGUGCUGACUAGUGCAAGGUCCAGCCAAGGUUCAAAGUUCACUGUCUGAAGGCUUGCUGGCUGUGUCCUUUGUGCAGAUCUGACAAUUUGCAGAUAAGCCACAAAUGGCUUGUUUAGAUCAUUUGCCCACACAGUGGAGAGAGUUUCCAUCCUUGGUUCUCUCAUGGAAGCUUAGAAAAUACAGAAAGCAUAUUCAAAUAACUACUAUGGUAACAUACCAAAAAUUAUAAUGCAUUUCAUUAAUGCCUGUGAAAUAAUGCUGCUUGGUUGGGGUGGGUGAGAGACCCUGAUAUAUAGCACAACCUCCAGAAUGUAAACUUGAAAUCAAUCUAAGCAAAUGUGCAAAGAGUUAAAUACAUGGCUGAAAGCUGAUUAAUAAAGUUUUUUCUAUAUUCUAUUUGGAAAGUAUUCCAAACGCUCUGUUAGAGUUUUAAGAAAACAUGACUUUAUUUUCAUUCAUACUGUAACUCGAAAUUACAUGGGGACAUGCUAAAUUUAGAUAACAAUGAAUUUUGCCCAAUUCAUUGUUGGGCAACCCAAAGCACGAUUAGUGGUUUGUCUCAGUUGCCAGACUAUGAAAGGGGCAGUGCCAAGCAGACCACUGCCCUUGUAGCUCCUUGGCACCACAGAUGCGAGGCAAAAGGAAGCUGUGGUUCCUUUAAUUAUAAGAUGUAUGUGAAGGGAUGAAACAGUUUCAACCACUUUGCCGUUUUGUUUUUUGAUUGUUUUAGAAGCUGUUCUCACCAGGAAGCUCUAAAGGUCACAGGAAGUUUAGAAAAACCAACCCAGGAAAGCAAAACUUAAAAAGAGAAAGAAACAAAUAAUGUAUGGAUGACAGAAAAUAAAUUUAUCAAAUAAUGGAAAACAGAACAUUAACACAACUUUGGUUUGGUUAAGAAGUUAGGCGGAGAAGUGGAAAUACAGUAAUGCAGAUAGGUAAAACUGGCUAAUGCAGUUGAUUUGUUACAUCCAGAAGAAAGAAGCCUGGAUGAAAAGAGCUGCAGUGGUCCAAGACUGUAAAAGCUGAAAUGAGAUAAAUGGAAACUGAUUUACAGUGAAAUAUUGGCUCGGGGAUAGAAAUAAACUAGAUUGGGUUUAGAUGGAUGCAAAGAAUUGUAGUUUACCCAUAGCAGAGCUACAGUUCUCAGCACCCUUAACAAGCUACAGUUCCCAGGAUUGGGGGCAGGGCUUAAAUGUGCUUUAGAUGUAUAAAGAGCCCAGUAUGCCACUACCAUGAUCGUUUUUCCAGGUGCUGGAAUACCAUACAAUACACUUACAGGAAGAACCUCCAACAUUAUUUGUGCAUCAAGUCUGACACCUGGGUCAGAGGAAUGAUGUGGACUAUGCAUAGCUUGGAAAAUUCAAGACACAGAAAUGUAAUGUAAAAAGAAGAAGAAAAGGCCCUCCUUUUAAAGAAAACCAGUGCCUAUGUGCAUUUAAAUGUUAAAAGGGAAACUAGCUCAAAAACAGCCCCAAAGAAACACACACACACACUCCAAAUAACAAGCUUUCUCUACACUGCCUGGCCAGGGUGUUGUGCCUGACAGGAUCCCAAGAUAGCAAGAGCGAUUUGUUUUAAAUCAGGAGUGGAAAUCUUGUACCAUCCUGUGAGAACAGGAUGCUGGACUAGGUGGACCAUUGGCCUGAUUCACCUGGCUCUUUUUAUGUUCUUAAGAGCAGCCAAGUUAAAUUUCAAAACUCAUGCAGAUUCUGGCUUCUUUUGUCUAACCAGCAAAUGCACCAACAGACUGCUUCAGAAUAGUCAGGUUAUAGUGACCAAAGCUUUGAUAGCCAACCAAUAUAGAUAGAUCAUUUUCAUCUCAGGUACAGCUUGGCCAGAAUGCACCUCUUACUAUGCUCAACUUUUACCUCCUUUCUCUCAGCAUCCUACAUAUGCCUUAUCCCAGGCUUUUUCAUAUCAGCUAGGGCAGCAGGCAGCGUAUGGCAAGCUAAGCUAAGACUCUACUGAAAAAUGAGAGUGCCAUUCUGAAAGAAGAGGAAAGCCAGAAACUGAGUCCCAGAUACAGUAACAUGCUGCUGUUCUCUCCCGCGUCUGUUGCCUUGCUUUCCUUUCUGGUCCCACUGCUUCCCUUAUUAAAAUGCAAGCUCCACUCUGCUCUAGGCCACAGCAAAGGCUCCAGCUACCUGUCAGUUUCCAGGAAGUUCCAAGGUGCAUUAUGCCACCAUAGGGAAGGGCAGGUGCUUGCGGUCUGAAUUGCAGCUGCCCUGCAAAUACUCCACUUCGCAAAUGCCGCAAUCAGCUCUGAAAGUUCUUCAUUCUGAAAUCAUCCAUUAAAUGGAAUGCUAACUUCUACCACAGAUUCAUCCUAUCUUUUCAAUUCAGGUCGCCCCACUGAUGUUAGAGCACUGCAGGCAAAAUUGUAUUGAGGAAUAGCAGGCAGAAUGCUAUGGCAAGUUGCUUGACCUGAGCUUGAUACACAAGUGGAAAACAAGAAGUGCAAGAAUUAGAUUGAAAUGGAACAUGGGGGAAAGAGCCACCCCCCUACUCCUUCCAUGCCAAGACCUUGUCCUGUGACAUAGGUCACAUGCUUCAUAAAGGUCUUGUGGGUUUUUCUGUUUCCUGUGCGGGCCAGCGUUUGGCAAGGACUGAGGAUGCUUUGAGGACUGCUGUGUAGUUAUACCUUAAGUGGUGGACUGAAUUAGAGAUGGAAAUUUUACUUUCUAAUGGAAUCUUUGCACUAGGUCAGCAGCCGCCCUCACCUUCUCUGGGGCACAUUUGGCAGAGUUUUCGCUCUGGGGGGUUACAGAUCAAAGUAAAUAACAUGAUCUGUGCAAUUCCCCAGAGGCCCCGUGUUCCUAUGAAGUUAUCUUCCCACACCUACAGUCGUGCACUCUUGCCUCUGAAGAGCAAGGUCAGAAGAGGCUUCCUUUCCAGACUGCUUCCGUCUUUGAAAAAUAUACAAAGGGUUUCCUUUUUGCUUAGCAAAAGUCAAAGCUACAAGCUGUGUUACUACAAAACCAGAAUGGCAGAUUCAAGUCCAAGAGUAGCCUUCUUUUCUGCUUGUUGUGCUUUUCAAGUUCAUCCUCACUGAAGCCACAAGCUGGAACAGGAAUGGAUAAGGCAAUGUUUUCCAGAGCUUCUUGAAUGAAAGCCUAUGUUCUGUAUAUUUACACAAGAAUUACCCUGAGCCCUAGAUCCAUAAAUGGGAGGCUACUUCAGAAGAGCACACUGAUAUUUUAAAAGCAAAUCAGACAAAACAGGACUCAAAGAUUCAACUAUAUCUUCUCUUUUCAUGUGGGUUUGGGAAGAUGGUGAAUUAGAGAACUGUAGAGUUGGAAGGGAUGCUGAGAAUCAUCUAGUCCAUCCCCCCUGCAAUGCAGGAAUAUGCAGCUGUCCCAUAUGGGGAUCAAAACUGCAACCGGUGAGAAUAUUAGUAACUGGUCCUCAAUUUAUUCAUCCCUAAGCACAUAUGGUGAAUUAUGCAUAAAGAGUGACAAGAGGGAGGAGAACAAAUGCUUGAACCAUGCCUUGAAAAGGCCCAGCCAAAAUUUAAAUACUGAUUUUAAAAACGAGCAAAGCUACAACUAUUUCUACUACUUCUGUCCUUUCUUCAGUGCAGGGUUACUUUAAAUUGUUUAGGCUGGAAAUCCACAUGCUGCACCAGUCCACUUGUAUAGUAAACACACCUGUAGUGAACCAACCUGGGUGCAGUUGACAUUGAUGUGAUGUGUGCAGUUGGAUCAGUGCACCAGUGGAGGAAGUUUAAAUGUUUCCUCUGAUGUACACAUUGUCCUCAGAAUUUUUGUAUGCCUAGUUUCACAAACACGCUAUAGCAGCACUUUUCAAAAUAGUGUCUAAGUAAUAUAAAUGGUUUUCUUGUAUAGCUACCUCAGUCUAUGCGCUGCCCUGUGCCCUGCCUUAAACAUUGCAGUGGAGAAUGGGGGGAAAUGGACUGAGGGUGCCUUUUUGUGGGGGGUGGGGCUGCCCUGUGCUACACUGACUGGUAGUGGCUUGUCAGGGUUUCAGGCUGGAAACAUUCCCAGUUCUACCUGGAAAUGCUGGGGAUGGAUCUGGAACAUUCUAUAUGCAAAGCAGAUGCUCUAUCACUGAACUACAGCCCUCCCUCAAAGCUUAUUAAAUUAUUAUUAUUAUUAUUAUUAUUAUUAUUAUUAUUAUUAUUAUUAUUAUUUUACUAAAGCUAUGAGGUGACCACUGUUGAGAUUCUCCUGGCACAUGUGAUUAAAUUUUAUAUGGCUUCGCAAUGUACAUCCAAGAAGUUGCUUUGUCUGUUGCAUAGUGAGGGUGAUGUGGGUAGACUGAUCCUGCAAGUAGCCAUAUACGGCAGGGUUAUGUGGGCAACUAUACUCAGUGCUAUUUUUCUAGAAAAAGGGGUUCCAAAACUCACCAUGAACAGCUCCCUUAUUCUCUUAGAAUGGCAAUGGCGCCCUGUGUUCUGAUGAGUUCCAGCCGGGGGUAAAAACCCUGACUCUACUAUGUGGCUAGGGUUCUUCCAUAGAUAGGAUUAAUUAACUUGUUCAAGCACUUGUAAAGCUGCCAGCUGCUUGUAAAAGUGAAUUUACAAAACUGUGAGGAAGGAACAGUGUGAUAUUUUGAGUAUGCUAAUUGAAAGCGAGGCAUUUACCGAGGUUGUUCUUGUUAUUUUCUGCAGAUUCAGAUCUCAGCUCCUGACAAGGGAUUCAGGGCAGAACUAAAAUAUGAUGACUGACUUGGCAGCAGGGAAAAAAGGUCAUUUACUCU